CUUCAUUAAUAUCUGGUCGACGGCCGUGUAUACGCCUAAACCAAACGCACGCGUUCACUGCAGCAGCCACAACAAUUAUAUCCCGUCACAAAGCAUAAUAACCGUUCGUUCGUCUCGUCCCCGUCAGCGGCCCGCUCACCAGUCUCCGCGUCCCCGGGUACCGUACGGCAGACGGACUCGCACAUCGCUCGAGCCAGGCGCCCGCGCUCCCGAAAAAGUCUUCGCGCUCGCAGUCCGCAGCCCGCAGCCCGAGUAUUUUUUUUCCCCCGGCGUUCCGUCCUCCGCACAUACGAAACAUUUCGUCCGGCACCGUCCGGUCGUCCGCAAGUUCAAUCCGUCGGAGCACCGACAACAAACGCACGGUCGACACCACCGCCGAGAUGGCCGUCCGUUCCUCUUGCAUCGUCGUCGCCUUGGCGGUCUUCGCCGCGCACGUAGCCGCCUAUCCGACACCGGUAAGAUACCGUCGAGUAUUGUAUAGUGUUGUUAUAAUGUCCGCGCGUUUUUUUUCGCAAACGACCGCCGUUCGGAAUAAUCGAGUUCCAGUCGGCGGUGAACUAUUAUAAUAUUUUACGUGACGAUUUUCGUCACUAGAUUUUUCGCAUUUAAGUCGUCAGCCGCGUUAUACGUCUCGAUUUUCGAUAGACGCCCGAAACGUCGAAUAAUUCAUCUAAUUGACGUUCUCCAAAUUGCGUUACGGUAUAUGCCGACGCCGUUGCCGCCGCCGCGGCAAAUCCGAUUUCAGAUUAAUGCGAUUUGAAUAUAUUCAAACGGGAAUUAUUACUACGCAUUUAUAAUUUUAUUUUCGCGGAUAAUUCGUGCGAUUAUUUCAGAUUUUCCGUACACGGAAACGCAGCGUUCGGAGAGUUCCUAUUAAAACGGGAUUCGUUUACGUUUUUAUUAAAAUGUAAACAAUUACUGCAGGCUCGUAUACUGUGAUCGCAGAAAGCGACAAGUUCCUUGUGUCGUCCCGGACAGAGGGAAUUUAUUUUGUUCCUCAAAUAAAAUUAAUAAUAAUUAAUUUGUAUGUAUUUUUUAAAUUUUUUUUAUUACAUUUGAACAUAUUCGCGACUCCAUCCUAACACGCGUAACCAUCAAUGUACUUCACAGGAGACCUUGAGAUAACAUUUAUGUAAUAUUAAAACCUAUUAAUAAAAACGUUGAAAAACGUUUAGGAUUUACUCUUAUUAGGUACGAUUGAAGCAUUAGUAAUUUAGUACAGGUACAUGCUGUUUUUUAUAGACGAAAAUAGGUACAUAAGUAUUAUAAUUGUCAAUAUAUAUAUAUUAUAAAGAAAAAACAUAUUCUAAAAAUAAAUAUUUAGUUCUCGGAUCACAAAUGUUCGUAAAUAAUAAUAAAUCUGAUACAUAAAAUGUCAUAGAAAAAUUAUAAAAAUUUUGUAUUUAACAAUGUUGUGUUUAAAAAUGAUUAAAAUGUAGGUAUCUAAGAUAAACGGAACGGAAAAAAAAUUGUUUUUGUUCCUCCAAAAAAAAGAUCUAUAUAAAAAUAUACAAGGAUAAAAUUUCAUAAUAAAAUUUCAUUUUUAUUUUGUAUAUUUGAUAGUUAAUGUAAAAAGCUUUUUGGUACGCGUGCCAAUCGAAUAACUAUGUGCAAAUUAUUUGCGUGAAAUACAUUUAUUUAAUAACUAAAUUAAAAAAAUUGCAAUUCGCUUUGACCUUUGCAUAGCUAUAAAAGUUGUCAUAGUUUAAAAAAAAAGACACUUUUAAUUAUGAAUACAAACGACAAAAACAAAACAAAAACUGAAUAACAUCAAUACAAUUUAUUAUAGCAUUUGCGAUCGGUAAUAUAACAUUAAAAAAAAGGAAAAACUUGUAUUGUUUGUAUUACAAAUAAAGUGUUUAAACGAAAUAUAUUUAACUAUUUCGAUAAAAUAACUUUUUUUUUUUUUAAAUAACGCCAACGAUACUUAAAUUUAUAUACGGCUGGCAUCUAUUUGAAAAUGAACUUUUUACUAUUAUUUUUUUUUUUAGAUUCGACGUGCAGAGUGGUAUCAGCCAUUGUUUUACUAUGUGUGUUUUUUUUGUUUGUGAGCAACUUUUCUACCAGUAAUCUCGCUCCGAUAUAUUAAUAUAUCAAGUGUAGCACCUUUUCUGAAAGGAAAUUGUAUCUCAUAGGUGCGCUGAGGAGAUUAUUUUCGGAUUUCCUUAAGGGUUUUAAUGAGAACCGGGGAAACCUGGAAAAAUAAUGAAAACUGAUAAAUUUACGGCGUUACGAUUCCUUUAUUUUAAAUUUCUACGGCUUAUAUUAUGUUUUUUACCGGAAAUAUUGCUCCAAAAGAUAAACCACAAGAGUCCUUUUUUUGUUGAAUUUUUAAGUUAGUUAGCAAGUAAUAAAGUCGUUGUUUGAUUUACUUUGCAGUUAUUUAAAAUAAUUGAGAAAACCAAAAAACCCGUAGAAAGAAUAUGAAAAUUUACUAAAAUAUUGCUUUUAAUAUUUUAAAUUUUGUUUUUCUGAGAGAUUUGAGAUUUUGACUGAAAUCAUAUACUUGCUUUUUCUAGAUGUGGUAAAACAUUUUAUUAUGUUAUUUUAAAACUUUUUAGCCAUUUUAAUUUUGCGAGUUUUUACGUCUUUUUAUUUGGUAAAUAUUUUGCGGAUAAAAUUGUUAGACCAAACAGACAUUUUUGACAAUUCAACAGAAUGUUCAUUAUAAGUCUGUGGUUGAACAAAAAUUUAGUUUUAUGCAGUAAUUUUUCUAUAAUAAAUUUAAAAUCGAUAUUUGACGAAAAUCGUAAAUAUCAUGGCUUUGCAGUCUUGCAUAAUUUUUUUCUCCCAAAAACACAUUUAAUACGAAAAGAAAGUAUUAUUACUAACGAAUAUUUAUAGCCAAAUGACUAAUUAAAAUUUGGGGAGCGCAAAAAAAUUCGAAAUGUGAAAUUCUGGGCUAUAUAAAUCUGGACAGCAUAAAAUUUGAAAUUAAAUAUCUAAAAAUCCGUACGAUUUUAGACAUGAUAAAUCUGGUAUUUUACAUUCUGGAAUCCAUAAAAUCUGAAUGGUAAAAAACUGGAUCAUAUAAUUGAUUGUUUACGAUUUAUAAAGGUAGGUCAGGUAAAACGAUAGUACACAAUACAUAUUGAGUCUAAUAGCAGUCAGCUAAAUAUACGCACAUAUAUUAAAGCAAAAUUACACAUACAUCGACAUAUGAUCCGGAGGCCUUUCCAUAAUUUGCCUAAUUCUUACUCUUUAGAAAAUGACCGAUUAAAACCUCCUUAAAUAUAAUGAUUUACAAUUUCAAACAAUUACAGUCCAUUUUUUUAACGUCCACAUUUGAAACAUCCAGAUUUUUACGCAGACUAAAUAUUUGAUAUUAAAUUUAAAAAAAAAAAAAUAAAUACAAAAACUAAAUUGUAAGAAAAAGCAAGACUGUAAGAGUCUAGCAGUCUAACCAAGACCAAGACUUGAAGUGGAAGACCAAAACCAAUACUCAUGUCGGUAACCAAGAUUACCUUAGUCUUGGUCUUGUUUUGCUCGUAAUUAAGCGAGAUUUACUGUGGAAAAGUUGUUCACGGACACAAAACCGCACACAUCGAAAUAAUAAUAUAUAACCGUUACAUUUCUCGCUGCCCUCAGAAUAGAAUACGAUUAAAAUAUGUACAGCGAUAAUGUCAACGCUACGGUGAGAAGUAUGAGUCUAGAUAAUAAUAUCCGGUUUUUUUUUUCGAAUAAUUUCUAGGGGUAAAUCUGUCAACGGCGGUAUUUCGAUUUUCGUAUUUGCCGGCAGGGGAAAAGAAAAAUAAUAACAUUUUCGCGACUUUUCGAAUAAAGGCGCGUACGAUUUAUAGCAAUAUAAUAUCGUUACCUAUACAAUACCGGCAGAGUAUAAUAUAAUAUUAUGUACAGACGUGCCAUAUGUCUCUACAUCGCGUAUCGUAUCAUAAAUUCGAACGAAAUAAUAUGAAACACACAUUUUUCGUUAAUAUAUAAUAUACAUACAUAUACCUACGUCGGUUUGUCGGUACAACGGGUAUACAAUAAUGCCACUGCGAAAUGUCAAAUACGUCUUGCGCGUGUGUUCUGGGAUAUAAAUAGGUACGUGUUUUUACGAGAAUCGAACAUUGCGGAUAUACAGAACAAUUGACGCGUGUUGUCCGAUGUAUCAGUUGCGUUUUGACAACGGGUAUACGGCGAAAAAGUAAUGUGAAUUCUUCUUCUUCUUCUUCUUCAAAAAAAAAAUAAUAAUAAUAAUAAACAAUAAUAAACCGGACAAAAAUCAUCUAUACAAUAUUACGAUUAUACUCGCGCGGCUCACCAUACACAACAUACAGAACGGCGAUUUUCCGACGGACAUAUCAAAUUUAUCGAGGAGUCAAUAUUAUCAUGAAGUUUAUAUAAGGCCGCAGUGUGAGGUGUGGAGAAUAAUUUGACCGAAUCGAUUGUUUGUGAACGGUUCGAUAAUUUCGGAUAGAUAUAAAGCAAUAAACCGAUAAAACUAUAAUAAUAAAAAGUUUUUUUUUUUUUUGUGGUGGAUUUCGUGAUGUGCCCGACUCGACAGAAAAUCGCUUAUCCUUCGCGUAUAAUAUAUUAUAAUAUCUUUUCAUUAAAAUAAUAUUAUUGUACUUAAUUGUGUCCGAUAUAAUUAUAUAAUAUCCCUCCAUUCGCACUAUUUUUAGACUAGCCGCGGCCGUCCAAAUCUGGACCGAAUGCGCUCAAAUUCGGGAAUUAGAGUUGUUUUUUUUAUGUACAGGCAGAUCGAUAUGAUAAAAGUUUGGUUACAUUAUGUUAAAAUUAAUUUCCGCGUAUAUUUUAGUCGUCUCACAAAGAGAGAUGGGUGUUUUUUUAACUUUCAACAUUUCUACAUAUCCUUCCCCUCCAACGAUGACGGAGAGAUGUAAUUUCGUAUAUUUGCCGCAUUAGUCGUUAACGAUGUGCUUUUUGGGGUUUUCUAUUUUGGUUACCAUCAUUUUUAUGCUUAAAUAUAACAAUUCAAUUUUUUUUUCUUGAUAGUGUAUAUUAAUAUAGUUUUUAAUAUUUGACCGUAUUCGGUUACUUAUCGUUUUAAAAAGAACAUAAUCAGUAGCGCGCGCAGAAUUUUUUUCUGGAAUAGUUUAUUUUUUAUAAUAAUUUCUUUGAGAGAGGAUAGCACAUAUUAUCAGUACAGUACUAUCACUAUAUUAUUACUGAAUAAAUGAUUUUUGAUGAAAUUGAAUAUUCAGUAGUAAAGAUAUAAUGUUGUUGAAUGUAAAACUUGAUUUCCAAAAAUAUAGUAAAAAAAAUUUUAGAAGGGGGUUUUGACACCCUAACCUCCGUCCGUAUGUACCACUGUCCAUAAUACAAAAUAGACCGGCGAAAAUUUGACUUUUUAGUGACGGAGUUCUGCUGUCUACGAGUGUUAUUAUUUUUCAUUUGAUUAGACAAAUCCGAAAAUAUCCGGUUAGGUACGUAAAUUUUAAUAUAAUACCGUUCAUACGUAAACAUAAUUUUGAGUAAUUAAAUAAAAAAUGGAAAUAAUAACUACUAAUUAUUUUCAAAAUUAAUAUUUUCGUUUCAUUUCAAUCGGUGGGAAGUUAUCAAAUUUUAAAAUUUUAAUUAUAUUAUAUUGCAUUAUAUAAAAAAAAUCAAAUUAAUAAUAUUAUAGAAUUCAUAGCUCAACUAAACAUAUUACUGAAUAACCCGUAAGAUAUAAAAAUCAGUGACCGGAUAUAAAGAUAAUCUAAAAAUUAAGAUGCUUGUUUCAAAAGGUAACGGGGAACAAAGAAAAACACGAAUUUCUAUAUUAUGAAUUUGUAUCUAACUACGAAAAAGUUUUAAUUUAGUGCGGUUUUGUUGUUUUUCAAUCUAUUUAAAUAUUAUUACGGUAUACAAAUUUAUUGUUACUAUAUAGCGCAACAAUUGCAAUAUAAUGUCUGUAAAUAUAAUAUUAUAAAAAUGAAAAACAAUUUGUUUUUGUCAUUUCUCGUUUUUUAAAAGUCGAUGCUUUAUAAUUCAAUAUUAAAAUAAAGAUAAUACAUUAAUUUUAUACGAUUUAAAAUUUUAUAUUAAUAUUUAAUGUUAAUAAUUUCCUCAAAAUUUUCGAUACGCAUCAAUGCGUGAUCAGAAAAAAGGUUUAGAAUUAAAAAAGAACAGGAGCAAUUUUUUAAGAUAAAAAUACUUUUACAUAGUAAAUUGUUUUCCUCGUUAAAAUAAGUAAUACACUGUCUAAACUUUAAAAUUAUGAACUUUAGUUUGAUGAUAAUUUAAUGCGAAUCAACGUGACGUGUUAUUGGACAAAUUUUGAAACAUGGUUAAAGCCGAGGUAAAAAUAUUAAACAUUAAAAGUACACGCGAAUAACCUGAUUAAGAAUAAACGACGUUUAUGAACUCUACAAAAGCACGAAAAAGAUUUUAGAGAGGUAAGUCAUGUUCAGCAAACUUCUAAAUAAGUAGGGUACCUACGCUCGGUGUUGUGUAUGGUAUUGUAGUACGAAAUAGUCUUUUGACGAAACACCAAAAGUCCUUUUAUUCGGACACGCGAAAAUUCUGUUAUUUCUCGUUCCGUUAUCCAAUUUGGCCGGAACCCGAAGAAAUUCUUUUGAUUCGUCGCCUCGUCGGUAUAGGUAUGUAGUUAUGUAGGUAGAUACUUAAUUUUUUAUCAGUUUUUUAAAGGUUAAAUCGACUUUUUUCCCCCCGAUACGCAUAGGAGAGACGAUGAUAUUAUAUUGUGUGUCUAUAUCUAUAUAAUAACAUUAGUGCGGACAUUCGUGUUUUCGUUUUAUUCCGAUAUUUUUACGACGCCUCCUAACAUUUUAAAUAGAAAUAAAACAUGAAUGGUUUUAUUAUCAUUUCAACGAAUGCAAUAUUCUUCGUCGGUCAAAAAAGUGCAAACGGACUUUCAAAAGUCACCGAGUAGGGAUUACUUUGUAUUUAUUUUGUCGGUUUGUUAGAUAAAAAUGGCCAUUGCAGUUCGUGCAGUUGUACAGUUGUGUGAACACUAAAAUUAUCGUUUUGAUAUUUAGAUUCUGAAUGGAUCGAAGAAACUUAUGGUUUUACAAAGAUGUUUUUUUUUCUUUUUUUAUCUGUGCGCAACUUUUCUACCAGAAAACUUUCUCUAAUUUAUAAUGGUAGCAAAGUUUUUAAAAUGAAAUCUGACUGGGGAGAUACUUUAAACAUGUAAUUUUUCGAUUUUCCCAAGAGUUUUCCAGGCAAAUGUGAAAAACCGGGAAAAACGUAAGAAAACUAGGAAAAUCGGCGCAACAUUAAAGAAAUAUUAUUAAAAAAAAUAUAGGAAGCCUAUUUCAUUAUUUUACUACAAUAUGAUAAAUAUAUAUAUUGUUGACAAAUUAUCACUGUCAACUGAAAUCGUUUUUUCGUAAGCAAUGAUUUAUCGGUGUUUACAGGUAUACAUUGAUUUACCUAUGACAGUGGCUGCACCCGUCCUCGUUAUCCUAGAACGUAUUUUUCAACAUAAUUCUCUCAUACUGUUUUGGGCUCGAAGAAUAUUAGGCAGAGUCGUCCGUAGGGGGACGGGCAGGAUACAGAUUCCAGGCACUGGGCCUCGCGCGUUAUAGGUACCUAGAUUUGGGGCCUUGUGUUCUAAAAAAAAAUUCGAAUUAUAAUAUAAUAAAAUAUGAAAAUAUUUUAACCUCCGCUCCGGAUCUUGCAAAUCUUAAAGACGGCUCUUUAGGAGAAUGAACAUUGCACCCUUCUUGUGUUUUUAUUCCGUCUGAAACGCAUGAAUACGCGUGGACAAUUAAAAAUCGUCAUUUUUUUUUUUUUUAGAUUACUUUCGCCCCUUUCCUCUCGGAAAAAGUCUGCUGAUAUCCAUUGUUAUGGUGUUUGUAUAUAGAAUACUUACUAUAUAUUUUAUACGGUUUUUCUGAUCAUGUUCCAUUUAAUAACGUAUACCAUGAGUAUUAGAUAGGUAAACACAGACGUUUCGUUGGAAAUAUAAUAUUAUUUUCCAAUUCCCUUACUGUAAUUAAAAAGCGAUUUCGAAAUAUUCUGAGUAUAACGCAGUUCAUUAAUUUCCUGUAGAGUACGAACUACGGACUCGGUUUCUAAUACAAUAAAAUAUCAUAUUAUCUUACGAUCCGAACAAUUUAAUGAUAAUGAUAAAUCCGAAGAUAUUAAUAUUAUGUUCGCAGAAACAAUAAAAUCCAAAAAAAAAAAUAUAUAUAUAUAUAUAUAUAUUCUGUCGAGUUUUUUCAACACUAAUUAUUAUUAUUAUAUAAACGAAGGUGUAAUAAAUAAUUUUUUGUACGCGUUUUUUUUAUAAGUUUUAAACGUGCGUACGAUAUUCUUGAUGUUUUUAGAAUCGAACGUACUAGCUAUAAUAAUAUAAUGUAUGUUCGCGAUGGCGAGCGAAAAGAAUCGCUAACCGGCAUUUCCCCGGCGGGCACUUAUAUCGUCUGCAGGGUAUUUGUUGACGAUAAUUACAAAAAAUUACUUUGUUUAUUUAUCCGUCGAGCUGUAUAUUGUACACUCGAUUGUACAAAAAAAGUACCUACACAACGUUUUGUAAAAACAACAAAAAACCGAAUGAGUAAAUAUCGAGAGAUUAGACCCUUAACAAUAACCGGUCUGCGAUAUUUAUCGGCGCGUGUGUUAUUUUUCAAAUGCCGCGGGGAACGGUGGGACGAGAAAAAUGGAAUAGGGCCGGUGAAAAAAAAAAAAAAAAAAAAUCGAAAAUUUAAUUUAUGAACGUCAACGAAAAAAACCGAGCUGCGCAGUAUUCGGUGGUAUGCUGCACGAAAAUACGAAAACGUUAUGCUCCCUCCCUUCCCCCCCCCCUCUCACAGCACCAGCCGGUUGACCCGUUUAAAAUUAUUAUAACACGCGCGCGCAUCGUGACAAAAUACGCGAAAUCCUCUCGUUGAGUUAUGAUCAACACCUGUUGUCGUAUACACCUAGGUGUAUAACUUGUAUUAUAGGUAUACUGUGUACUUACUUGUUUGCCGUAUAAUCGGAUUAUUUAUUAUUACGGCAACUGCCGGCGACUCUAUCGCUACUAAUGGCUGUCGUCGCGUUCGGGUCGGAGAAAAUUUAAAAUGGCGCGAGCCCAUUAACGGACGGGAUCAGCACUUAAAAUUUAACGGACUUUGCGAAUAUGACGUGUCGACGUCGCUUAGGCGCGAAAGAAUAUAAUACAAUAAUUAUUGUUAUCGUUAUUAACGGACGCGCAAUAUGCAUAGCUUAUACGGGCUAUGCGGGCGGGUACACGCCCGCCCCGAUAUUAUUGUCGCCGGGUGCCGAUAAACGCGGCGCACGAUUUUGAUUUACUUACUAGGAGGUGUAUACGCGGCGCGUGUAGAAAACCCGGGAAAAUUUCCGACCGUACAUAACGGGCGGGCGUACUCUUAAACACAAGUGUUGCGAGGCGCACUCAUAAUAAAAAACACGAUUUUAUUUUGUUCGCGGAUCCCGUCGCGAUAUAAUUGUACGCGAUUACCGUAAGCGAAUAUUUCGAGUCUUUGUUUUUUUUACGGCCGACCGUACAUAAUAAAUUAAUAACGUCUUCCCCGGGGCCGGGAAUGCGUUUCGAGCACUAAAAUAUUUAUUAAACGACCGUGUAUUGUAUUGUGUAUAGGACAUUGAAAAUUAUUUAUUCUUUUCCUCGCAUAUAUAGGCAUUCCGUUAAAUUAAUAUCAAAAUCGCGUUCGAAAAGGCACGCGGUAUCGCCGUUAUCGUGUCAGUAAAGUUCUAAAGGUCACGUUCGAAAGGCGAACCGUACAGGCGGUCAAAUAUUACUUCGCCCCGGGCGAAAAGAUACACGCGAACCCCAUUCCCUCCGAAAAAUACCAACUAAAUUAAAAUUUGAAUUCAAUAUCUGUACGAAUUUAACGUCUGCGACGAAUUGACGGCCCGUCUACACAUCACAGUAGAUUAUCGAUUUUUCUACGUCAAAACGCGAUCUACCGGACGUGGAUUUUUCUUGGCCACUAAAGGUUAUGUAGGUGUUUACACGUGUGACGUUGUAACUUCCUCGGAACCGCGAUGUCACGGUCGGGAAUUCGGACGAGAUUUGUAUGUUCCGAAGUCGGUAUAUCUGGAUCUGGAUUUUAUUUUUCAUCACCCGGGGAGAAACGAGUAUUUUUCUAUAGGUAAUAAUUAUAAUACGCGUAUCGCCGGUCGAACUUAUACGCACGCGUUUAGAGGGUUUGACAGAGUGACGGGCGAGAUUCGGCGACGGAUUGUCAAGGCGACAUUAUGAUAAAUUCGACUGGCGGGGAGGUGAUAUCACGGGACUCGACGGGCCCGCCGGAUUCGGGGUCGACAAAGACGGGAAAUUUCCUACACAGGAAUUGUCGGGCCCGCGUCCGUCAUAACGGACGACGUCGCGAUAUUAAAUACGACUCUGGGGUUUCCGCGAAUAUUCGGGACGAAACUUUGCCGUGAACGCGUCUCUCGAACGUCUAUAUAUAUACCGGAAUCUCUCGAAUAAUAAUAAUAACCGAAUAAACCGCCGGGCGAAACGUCCCGAGGUCGCUGUGUGCACUGCGCAGUGUGAUGCUCUGUAAACAAGAAUUUGCCGUGUCGUUUGCCCGAAAUUCGAGUCAAACAAUAACUACUAAAGCAAGAGUAACGUAAAAAAAAAAUAAAAAAACCUUUCUCUAAAAAAAUAAAAGGUACGUAAUUCGACAUUUCGUGCACGGAAUUUCGGGAUUUCGAAAAAUAUAAUGAUUUCACAAUACUUACGUACGCGGACAAUUCGGUACCCAUAUAUUAAAUCCGAAAUUAUUCGUGCAACGUUUUUUUCGAAAAUAAAAAUAAUACGUUUCUUUUUCGAACGCCGGAAAAUCUACGUAGAAAGUCACAUAUUUGAAAGUAUUACGAAACGGUUGUCAAUUGGUUCGAGAUCACAUUGAAGAAAUCUUCGUAGAUAAUUUAAAUUGAACUCGCCGGUUUAUUACCGCGGAAUAAACAUCGCCCCCUCAACAAUAUACACAAUAAUUGCAACACGAAAUAUCGCGACGCAAAAUCGAAUUUCCCGUGAUGUUUUCGUUCGUCGGGGAAAAACCAAAAAAAAAUAAAAACUUUAAACUCCACGGAGGCGUUGCAAAUAAAUACAUAUCAUGUCUGCACGUUCUGUUUACCGAUAGUUUUUUUCCCCGAAACGCCCGUCGACAUGUUAUUUGUUUGUUCAAUAAAAGUGCGAUGCGACAAAAAUAUAUUGCACUUUUCGUCGAAAAAUUCCGUUUUCCCGGCAACCGACGACGGCGUUUUAUAGGUAAUGCCUACGUGAAUUCGUCGACAAUUUUCCUACAGACGAGUUAUUUGACGCCCGUUCGUUUCCAUUUUCAUCGACAUUUUUUUUUUUUUUUUUUUUUUUUUUUUUUUAGGACCGCUCGUACAUUUUAUAUUAACCUGGUCGCUGUAUAACGUGUACAAGACUCGAUUAAUAUAAAAUGUACGAGCGGUCCUAAAAAAAAAAAAAAAAAAAAAAAAAAAAAAACCUUCGGAUAACUCGUGAAAAGUUGUUUAAAUUAAAAAUGUAAAAACGCGUACGUGGUAUUAACAAAGUUUACUUUAUCGGUAGCUUGAAAAAAUCGAAACGGCCUGUCCACGCUGCUGUAGGUAUAGGGCCGCGUCUAUAUUUACAAUAGAUUUUUAUUAGAAAUAACGAUCGCGUGUAAUAUUCCAAAAUCCGAAAAAUUCUCUUAAGACAUACAAUGAUUUUAAUCACAACAGAUACUUACCAAACAAAAAUACAUAAUAAAUACACAAAAAUAUCAAAUAACUGUGAAUAGCUAGAAUGUUUUGAAAAUUUUACCACGUCCGUACAAAAAGGCCAAUAUAAGUAUUUUGUGAAAGCUGCGCAGGUCUCUACAAUAUUGUUCAACUUUAGUAACGACAGUGUAAAAACCAUGAUGUCGUUACGCCGAAAACGUUUGUCCGUUGGGUUGAAAACCUGUCUGGAAAACUAAAAAAAAAAAAAAAAUGACUUCCUUAAAAUACCGACUGGACAAUUUUCGGAAUCCGAAAUCCGGAUUUUCGGAUAAUCCGGAUUUAUAUCGCGUCACCGACCCGAGUAUUAUUAUCGCGUCGGCAAUACAUUGUCAUCCGGGUAUAAUACCACUAUCGUACCUCCGUGUAAAAUAUAAUGUUCGUUAAUCAGCUUUCGCGCCGAACUCCGCGCGUGUUUUAACAAUAAUAAUAAACAUAGCGUUCUGAACCCGCGGCAUUUUCCGCCGUUUGUUCCGGUUACGCUAUAUGUAAAUGACAGGCAAUUUUACAUUUUCCGGCGUCUUUUGUGCAACGCGAGCUCGGCUAAUGUAUAAUAUUGCGCCCGUAACUGUAUAACGAUGUGUUUACUUGAAUACAUUGUCGCGAACGUCGCACACGUCGCCCGGGCAGAGUGCAGUAGCGGCUGAUGUUUUAUUAUCCGAGAUAUAUAAAAAAAAAAAAAACCAACAACAAAUAAUACGCGUAUGUAAAUGUCGCGUUACGUAUACGCUUUGUCGGCGACUGUUUGAUAAAAAUUAUCGUAUACAAGUCUCGUAAACAACGAUUGCGUUUGCCUGUAUGCUAUGAAAUACAUACAUAUAUAUAUAUAUAUACGUAUUAUACGAUUAGCGAAGACCACAGUAAUAUUUGUUCGAACGGAGGGCGAAAACGGAAACAAACCGUUUUCCGUUUCCGUUAAUGUAUUCGGUUUUACGGUGAUGUUUCCAUCAUCUUCGAACAACUUUUCUACCAGAAAUCUCGCUCCGAUUCACAAUGACAGCAAUUUUUCUGAAAGGAAAUCUGACCCGGGUGAUAUUUUGAGGGCGUCAUUUUUUUGGUUUUCACAGGAGUCCCAGGAGUCCCGAAACGUAGGAACAACUGAAAAACGGGUAUGCAUUAUUAAACGAAUAUUAUUAAAGAAUAUAUAUAUUGCGUAUUACGUAAUUAUUUUGCAAUUAACUGUUGACAAAGUAACACUAUAAACCGGACUUCGAUCAGAAUCGUUAUUUCCGAAUGGUUUAUUGUUGUUACGGACACACGUUAAAUCGUCUAUUAUAAUAGACGCCGCACCUGUCCCCGUUAUCCUGGGACGGCUUUUUUUUUUUUUCUUAUUUUUUCGUUUUCGAUAAAUUCAAAAUCGCGACGAAUCGUUUGAAAUAUUAUUUUUUUGGGUACCGGCCGUGUAAAACCGCGGCCGGUGAUUCAUUGUUUUCAAUGACGAUACAUUAUUAUCACCCAUUCUAUAUGUUAUAUUAUAUAAUUUACACGAUAAUCGGUAUUCAAUAAUAACAAAGUGUGUAAAUUAAAAUAUAUUAUACGAUUGUCAUAGCCGGAAUGGAUUGGUAAUUUUUUUUUUUUUUUCUGGACCAAAUAAUCAAUUAAUAUGUCGAGUUAAAAUGUUUGAGCGGUAGUACAUAGCAUACGCAAUACGCGUAUCAUUCGAUUUCCCCGUGGAAAUAUGUUUGAAUAAACACGAAAAAAAUCAAACUAUUUCGGUAAUGGGUUCGAUGUCGAUUAAUUGGACGAUAACGUUUAGUUGUAAUAUUAUUUUAUCGGGCUAUACGUACCUAUUGAAAAUUCCUAUUGAAACGCAACAACCAGAAACGUAAAUUUGUUCGAAAACUCACAUUUUGACGGUAUAAAUGUAAAAAAAAAAAAAAAAACUAUAUUCGGGUGUGACGAUCAGAUAAACCCGACAGAAUAUUUUUUUAAAAAUGUAUUUUUGAUCGGAGAUUUGAAUUUGGCCUUAAAUUUCCGAGUCUUCGAUUUUAUUAAAACGUAAUAAUACACAGGUAUCUGCAUUCGAUCAAUCUAAAUCACAAUGGUCUGAAUCGUAAUUUAGUUUACAUAAAUUAUAUAACCUUUAAAUUUUAACUGGUAUGAUAGUGUGAUACACUAAACCUAUUAGUUUUGAGGACACUGAACAUGAAUUUUACAUUCGUUUUUCAAUUUACCUGUUAGUUAGGGGGACUGUGGGGGGUAAUUUUUAUAUUAUUACGAUUUUUGUAUUUUUUUAUAUUAAUUUAUGUGUUUUAAAGGGCGCAGAAUCCAAAUUUCAUAUAGGUUUUUAAUUAAUUAUUAAAUUUAGAAAUUUUAUAAAACUGAGGUAGGUAGUUAACGUUGGCAUAUAAUUUCCAAUUAUUAAUAUUACAUAUUGAUAAUAAUCUAAUAUAUUAGACCAUUGUAUUCCUAAGUAUUUGUUACUUAGUCAUUCAAUGUAGAAUAAUUAAAAUAUCCUAUGUUAACAAUAGUGCAUUCACUAAUUUAACGGGAAGUCUAGACGUUUUAGAUAAAUAACUAUAAAACGUAGUUUUAAACCAUUGGUUUUCUUUUUAAAUAAAUAAAUCUCAAUGUCUAUAAUGUUUUAUCCACUUCUUCUUUAAAAUUAUGUAAUUUAUUUUUGGUUUUAUUAUUUUUAAAAAUAUUAUAGUUUUCUUUAAAAUGUGUUUUAUGUAUUAUUUUAUAUAUACAACUAAAUAUUUCCUAGAUUCAUUAGAAGUUGGAUUUAAAAUGGUCGUUUUGUCGUAACAGUUCAAAUAAAUCUUCAUAAGUCAAAUUUGUUUAUUUUGAUCUUUCGAUACAUUACAAAUUCCUAUAAAAUAAUAUUAUGGUAAUGUGUUAUACAAUUUAUAAAAUAAAUAGAAAAAAAAAGUAAUAAUAAUACUACAAUUCAAUGUAGACAAAAUAAAAAUACAAUAUAACUCUGUAUAAAUUUAAAGAGUAUAUUAUUUUAUUUUAUAAAAACCAAAAUUUCCGGUGUUUCCGCAAAUUUUGCUAAUGGAUUUGAAAAGCUCGAAAAUUAUACUAUAAUUUAUGUAAACGGUGAAAAAAUGUAUCAAGUGAUAAAUAAUAAGUUAUACGCUUCCAGAUUCAAAAUUAAAUUAUUUAUACAAAUAAAUGUUAAAAUCUAUAACUCUAUGAACUUCCCUUGUUCUGCAGUUUCCAUAUUAUGGAAGUAUAUUUAUAAUUAUCAAUUAUUUUAUAGCAUAAAUCAUAUUUGACAUAAUUUUGAAAUUGUAGGUAAGCUAAAUUACGACUCAGACCCCUUUGUGCCGGAGCGGUUUUGGCCAACUUAAAUUAUUUUUUAAGUAUUUAUAAAUUGUUUUAUGUUUAGAUAUUUCAGAGUUUGUUGUAAAUUUCGUUUUUAAUACCAAGAUUCAUACCAGGUCUAUAUAUUAUUAUGUACCAACCUAUACCUUAAUUCGAUUAUAAUACAGUUUUCAUCGAAUAUUGUUUUCAUAAUGUAAUGCUCAAACUUUGUAUAAUGUAUAGUAUAAGCCAGGCGGUGAGCUUUUAGAAAAGUUUUAAUUUACAUAAAAAACAAAAAAUACAUUUUGUACGAAAUAACAAGAUGAGAGGCAUGACGGAGUCGAUAAAUGUUUUAUACUUUAAACGAGAUAUUUUCAAAAUGGUUUUAUAUUUUUCAGUAAUUUUCAUAAUUCCGAGCGAUUUUCAUGGCGAAUGUUUCGCGUGCGCGGGUCGAUCGUUGAGACGAAUAAAUUGCAUUAGUUUUUCAAGAAUUCGGUCGACUGCCAGUAAAACUUUUUUUCCCGAUAUAUUAUUAUAUUAUAAAGUCAAAUGGUUUUGAUCUGUAAUCAGUGGGUAGUGCUGACUACUAUAGCAGACGCUCUAUCAUUGUGUUUAAUAUCUAAACCCGAUACCGGUCUGAAAUUUGGUGCCCCCGUAAAUCCGUGGAAAAUCCGAUUCCACGGAGAGCAUUCGCUCCCUUAGCCCCGUCCCCCUAAGCACGCUCCCCCCCAUUCACAAUAUACCAUACCGGAAUAUAAGUAUACGAGUACACAGCGGAUAUAAGUGUGCACGGUACAUCAAUUCGUACAAACACUGUUCGUGAGAAUUUUUGUUUUUUAAACGCGUAUGAAAAAACCGAACAUUUCGGCGUUUUCGUGAUAUCAUUUUUUAACGAAUCUGUAAAUGUGGAACAUAAUAUCAUUACGUGUAUUAUAUAAUAAACGUGUGUGCAGUUAUUGUGAUUCGUUUUGCGAAAUGUUAGGCACAAUGUUUAAUUUAGACAAUAUGAUUCACUUCCAAAGUUGCAAACUGUCAAAGUUCCAUUAAACUUCACUUAGAUGAUAAACGCAAUAGUAUACGGCAGUGUUCGAAUAACGCGGCCGGAAUUCGACAAAACUGCAAAGAAAUUUAUAAUACAGUUUGUUCUAUUUAAACUCGGUACCUGAUACGUACGUGUAAGUAUUUGUUUUACUAUUUCAGUAGUAGGGAAUUGUUUUAUUAUUUAAAUAAUUGAAAAGUCUAUCCAUAUCAUUUGAUACUACGGGUUGAUCUAUUAUUCCGUUUAUCGUGAACCGGCGAUUCACGGAGGAUUUUCAGUAAAUUCAAUUUCUAUUGUUUUUUUGUAUUCUCCAACCUUUAUGGAAUCGUUUGAGCUUUAUAUUUUACCCCUACCCCGAGUCACUGUCGAUCAUCAAACAAGAACGCCCAUUUUUAAGCACAGGUUCGAAAAGAGAAUAAAAAUUCUAAAAAAUUUCGAUAUAGACUGCAUAUUCAUUUUUAGAUGAUCGAUCGAUAAACCUUAUUCCCUACUCUACCGCCGCCGGUCUAAACUUUAAACUGUAGUUUACAUGCACAAUAAAUCCAAAAUUGUUGCAGUGUUAUCAACAGUAUUAGGCAAACAUACUCGCCAUUCGUAUAUGUGUUUAGAAGAGGAGUUUCUAUUUGAAAACCCAUCAAAAUAAAGUUUAUAAACGGUUUAUGACGAUUGAAAAAAAAAAAAAACACAAAUCAAAUUCACUUAAAAUCUUCCGAGAAAAUCGCUGUUUCGAGAUAAACGGAGUAUAUAUUAUAAUAAAUAACGUAAUAAAUAUAUAAUGAGCGGACCGAAUAGUUUUAAAUUGAUUUUUGUUUCACGGUUUUAAAACAUGAGCGGUUUCGCGAAAUUCUAAUACAUUUUUGAACUGUUUAUACAAUUAUUACUACAACGACAUUCACUCGUAAACGACUUUUUCACGUUUGUUUCGUUUCUUUCAAUAUUGACGGAAGCCGUUGAUUAUGCCGUUUCAUGAGAGACAAAUUGUGUCGAUUUGGGUUUUGUGGUAUAAAUUUAUUCGCGCUAGGAAAACCAACAAAGUAAACAAAUAAUAAAACAAAACACAUGACGAGGAAUCCAAGAAAUCCGCAAUUCAUAUAACCCUCCCACCUUUGUGAAACGAAAAAAAAAUCGAAACCUACGUAAUAUUUAUUCGAACCCGAAUAGAAUAGAUGAAAAUUAAAAAUCCGAUUAAAAACGUAAAUAUUUACAAAAAUAAUAAUAAUUAUUUGUAAUGGAAAUAAAAUGAAUCCAUCGUUUUACAUUUCAUAUGAGAAAUUGAAAAAAAAAAGUGCAAAAAAUUUCGGUUGGAGGCGCCGGGCAUCGAUCCCGGUACCUCUCGCAUGCUAAGCGAGCGCUCUACCAUCUGAGCUACGCCCCCGGUGGAUGUAUGAAGUAAAUUGUAUUUUAUUUAAUAAUAAUAAACAAAAUGAACGAAUUUAAUGAAUUUGCGUAGAAAACGAUCGACGUAGAAUAAACAUAUACAUAGAUAUAAGAAAUAAGCACAAUAUAUUAUUUUAGGUCGAAAAGAAUAAAUUUUCUUUAAAGAUGUUUUAUCAUACCUACAUGAUGACCUACACUUACCUGAUUUUAAAAAUCUCGAUUCCUUUAAUUUCACAAUUUAAUUUCUAACCAUUUACUAACCAUGUAAGGUUAUUUCAAAAUUUUAACCGAUUUGGCCAUUACCGAUUUUGUUUCUCUAAAGUAAUCGAAUUAUUUUUUAAUCAACUGUCCUUUCUAUAGCAGAUUAGGUUAGUGUCGUCUUGCAGUGAUAGAAUUUUUCUCGAACUCGGUAAAUAAUUUAUUUUUAAUUAAAGCAUGUUUAUAAGCGGGUAAUGAUGAAUUUUUAACGGACGGUUCUUAUUGUGCUUAAACCGCCAGGUAUACAAAUAGUUAAUCAUUUAGUAUAAUUAAAUAAUGCUUGUUUGUUCUUAUAAUCGAAUAUGUGUAUAAUUUCAAUAUCAUCAAAAUUACAGGAAUUAUAUAUUUGUUAAUUUCAAUACUAUACGGGAUAUUUAAUAGUACAAUAUAAAGUUUUAACUGCAGGCAAUUCAAUACUUCACUUGGCACCUGACAAUUAUUAUUAUCUAAGCUCUGUAAUUAUAAUAUUCAUAAAGUAAAUUAAAGCUAAAGUAAUAAUUGAAAAGGCUAAACGAGUGCCUAAUUGUCCGUUAAUCAAUUUACAACCAAACAUUAAAUCGAAAAAUUCCGGUCCAAGAGGCCUUUGACAAUUGUCUGUUAAUAGGGACAAAAGCACACUGAACUAUAAUUAUUUCCUCGGCGGAAUAGCCAAGGAGUAAACGGCAAUGCGCGUGCAAAGCGUCGUUUAGAGAGACUGUAUUUGGGAGACGAUUGCAUCGAAUCGUGUAUUAUAAUAUAGUGUUUUCGUUUUGGAGACAUCAAAGCAGCAAGCGGUUAAUAUUUGAAUCGCCGUCGAGUUUAUCGUAAUAAAGACGUCGGAUACCUAGUAUUGUACCUAUCGAUAUCGCAUAAAGAGAACCGGCAUCCGUAUUAUGGGGAAAUAAUUCGGAACGUCAGUAUUUACUAUUUAUAAAGGUACAGGUCAUAAAGGUAUAUGCCAGUGAUUCGUUUGUAAACAUUGGACUGCAGCAAACGGUUGCCGGAAACAGAUUAUUGUAUUUACGUACCUUCGAUUGAUAGUUUCCGAUUUUCCAUUAACUAUAUAUAUAUAAUAUAGAAUUUAGGAAUACGUCCGAUUUAUAUAUAUGAUACACAAUAAUUAUUUGACUCGUCAAUAGCUUUUGGGGAUUUAUACGUUUUUGCAGGGUAUACGUCAUUCGAUCGUCAAAGGGAAAAAACGUAUAUGAUAAUACGCAAUUUGCAGAUUGGAAAUUGGAUAAUAUAAAAUCAAACAGAAUUUUCCUAUUUGUUUUCUAGAACGCGUUUUGGAUUAUUGUUAUUAAAUCGUGGAAUGAAAACGAUUUUUCAAUUAUAAAAGACGCGGCGAAACGUUAAAAUCUUUUAAAUUUUGUUACUAAAAAUAAAUGAAACUAAUUUAAUAAAAAUUCACUAAUCCGUUUAUUUUUUGUAAUAAUUUGCGCCAUUCCGUUCAUAUUGUUUUAUAUUUAAUUAUCUUUUAAGAUGAUGUGACACAUUAUUUAACAUAUUUAAUAACUUAUAUAUUAACAUUACAUAUUUAAUAACUUAUGUGAUGUCUCGUGCUUAUCACAAUCUUAUCAGAGUCUUAUCAUUACAACACAUAUAAACUUUCAGAUUUCAAGUAUAAUUGCACGGGUGCGAAAGGUUAUUCAUACAAAUUCGACGGUUCAACUUUUCGUCAUCUUGUCGCGUGCGCGAUAUGAUAAAAUUCUAUAGCGGUUCGCCGUUUUCAAGAGGUGAUAAUAUAUUUUCAAAUGCGUUUUUAAUGUCGAGAAAGGUAUACAAUAUAUUGUUUUCGUUACUAUUAUUAUUUUAUUAUUGCGGUUAAAAGACACGGUUUACCAAAAGUCGUUUUGGUUUUAGUAAAGUUUUUGCGUUUUAUUCGGUAUAGUAUCUUUACCAGAAUAUUUUAUAGUCAGCCUGUAUCAGGCCGCGAUUGUACAUAGUGGAACGAUGUCCCGUGUCAUAUUAUAUAGUUUAUAAGCGAAUGUUUAAGUGUUUACCGUAAGGGUAACGAUUUUCUGUACGGUUUUGAUUUUAUCGUCAAGGUGAACAAUAUGAUUGUACGGUUGAUGUACGAAAAGUCCUUCAAAACUUUUUUUAUUAAAACGUAUUAUUAAAGACGUUCUGCGUCAACAGAGUUAUUGAACUACGCAUUGUCUAUACAUGUUUGUUUCGAGUGGUUUUUAAUAUUUAAUUUAGAGUUUCGUCUAUAUUGUAACGCGAAUUCAAUUUUCCGUAAUGUGCGUUGGACUACCCAAUAAUAAUAAUAAUUAUAAUAAUAUAAUUAUCAUUACACACAUGCGUACACAUAUUACGAUCAUACAUUCGAUCAAGCGGUAUAGAUAUAUCGGUUUGCAUUAUAGAUAUUUGUUUCAAUUCGGAAUAAUGGACCGAUAUUCGUCUAUUUUCCGUCAUCAAUAACGCCGCACGUUCGUUGAAAGCGAAAAAAGAAACCUUGACGUUUUCCCGAGCAGUGGCGGCUCGAAGUAUUUUUACUUUGAAUCGCCGAUUUAGUUUUCCGUUUAAUGAAUUUUAUUUUGUACACAAAUUAAUAUUGUACUUGUAUAAAAAACGUAUAUUAUGUUACAACCGUAACAACAAAACCGAAGUCUUAGUCAACGAUGGGAAAACGACCUCGUUUACAAUUUUAUUUGGAAUUUUCAUAUCAGUAGACGUUAAAGUUGUGCACGUGUAGGUUUCCGCUGUACUAAUACUGUACAAUUCUAUAGUAUCGAUAUCAUUUACGAGCCGACGAUAUUGUAAGACUUUAUGAUUUUCGCGCGCAUUAUUGUGCAUUUUUGAAUUCUAAAUGUUUUGCCGGAUUUGUGCGGAACACAAAAAGAGGACGAACAAUAUUUUCGGAUCUUAUACGACACUCGUAUGUUUUGUGAUUCAAAUUAUAAAUUUACCGUACGGCGCUAAUAUGUAUAUUAUCGGACGACGACAAUUAUUUCCAGCCCGUAUAACAAACAGUAUGCCAUCGCACGCGCGUGUUUACGAAUUUGUAUACUUCGCUGCAGGUAUAUUGUUUCAUGCUAUUAGUGUUUUUGGAGAAAAAAAAAAUAUACGAAAUAAACUCUAUAUUAUGUAUGGUAAUUUUAUAAUGAUACCGUCAUAUACGCGCAAUUCAAAACAAAUAAUCGUACCGCCCAUCUAUGAAUAUGAUGUAUACCUAUAUUUUUUUUAAAUAAACGACAAAAAAUGAUAUACUAUAAUUUAGAAUAUGAUUGGAAAUUUUAGUAUACCUGCCCUGUCAUGAUAUUGCAGGCCACCAGUAACUGUCAACAUACACUUUCGAAAUACUCUAAUUUCGCGAAUUUAAAUUGUUUCGUAAACACGGGGUAUUUCGUUUUUUUUUUUUUUAUUUCUAUUACAACAUAAUAUUUCAAUAUUUGUGAACAUUUUUUUACCCACAAACGGUUUUUGUAUACAAUCGCGAUUUUAUUCGAAGGUCGCGGUGGUUUUUUUUUUUUGUUUCCUCUUUUAAUUUCCGUGUUUUUAACAUCAUCGUUACCGAAUAAAGUUCUUUAAAAACCAUUUACUAUACGCGCACGUGCCGACUGUGAGCGCUUCGGAAUUAAAUCGAACCUGCGAUAGUGCGUGUUUCGAAAUGAUUCGACGGAAUAAUAUGUUUGAAAUGUCAAACGAAUUUCAAAAUGUCUCAUAAUAUAUCCGGAGAAGCUUAGCGUAUAAUUCCGGAGAUUGAGGAGAUAUAAUUUUUAAAAUCAAUUUACUUCGCAGUUCGCGAAUGGGAAAAGUUUGUAUGGGAAUUUUAAGUCGCGGUUUUUUAUCAGUCACGGGAAAGCCUUUAAACAUGUUUUGAAUACAAUAAUAGUAUAGUAUUUAACCGUAAUUUUGUAUAAAUUCAAUUAACGGGAACACUUGGACAAGGAUGUUGCCGGGGCCGGAAAAAAAAAUCGUCGAGAAAUCAUCGGUUUGAACAAACAAUAUCGUAUAUAAUUACACCGAAUUACCUAUUAUAAUGCAUUUUCACAGGAAAUCUGACAGUCGAAUAAAACAGUACGCUUAUCUAAACAUUGUACGUAUCGAUUUCACUCAAAGUUCUGAAGGUUGAUUAUUUAGCCGGUAAUUCCCCGAGUGCGUUUUUCUGUAAAAAAAACCUCUUUUAAAGCAUUCGAUUCGUUUAUUAUUAUUAUUUUUUUAUUUUUUCAAAUGACGUUUUUAACGAGAGAUUAUAGUUAUGAUAAUAGUGUGUUUUCCUUUAUUGUUUAGGCUAUACACAGGCGAAUAUAAUGUAACAGACAAUUCAGCUAAGUGAACGCAAGUUUUAAUAUGUCUGAAAUAUUUUGCAGUAUUUCGUUCUGAAAAAUGGUCGCGUACAUUAUUUUGAAUAACCGUGGGUACGUACCUGUAUAAUACAAAGACGGAAUAAAUUGCGUUUUAUAUUUCAUAUUUUUCACAACGGCGGCGGCGGUGCCAGUGCGAAAAGUCCAAAAAUAAAGAACAAUCAACUAAAAGCUCGCAUAAUAAUAACGGCAAGAGCGCUAAAACCUAUCGUUGCGCGUCGGUGUAACAUUAUAAUUUCCCAUUUAAAUAUUGUAUUCGUCUUCUUUUUUCGUUUAAACGGUCGAACGUGUUUUUGACAGUUAUAUCAAUGUCGAUAAAAUCGUAUAGUCACUGUUAAAAAUAUUGAAAAAAAAAAAAAAUCAAAUUUUGAUGAAUUUGGAUUAAACGAUCUGCAAGUAUUAUUUUUUAGCUAGCGAAAAAAAUACACGUGCAUAUUGUAUAUAAAUACAAGUAUAUAAAUUAUUGAAAUAUUUAGUGACUUUUCGUUGAUCGAAUUUGAUAAAAAACACGAUUAUUACACAAGUGUAUAUGUACACGAUUCAUAAUAUUUUAAUACAAUUUUAUUUAUACGUAUAAUCGAAUUUACAAAAUAAUUAAUAUAAUUUUAUAUGCUCCGAAGAUAAAGGACACAGGAUAUAUCACAGAAGAUCAAAUUUUCUAUUGUUUUCAUCUAUAAACUUGUUUUUCUUUGCGAUGAAAUUUUAACCUUAACACAUCGUUAUUCUUUACGAGAUAGAAACAUUAAUUUCAAUAUUAGAUUUUGAUAAUUUCUAAAAAAAAAAAUGUAUUUUUUGUGAACACAGUGUUGUACACCGUUGGACAUAACCGUAUGCGGUUUCAUUUUCCAUCGUCUUGUAUUGUAAUUGUCGACAAAAUCCACGUGUUGUUUUUGUCGUAUCGUUUCAUUGAUGUUCGACUAUGGUGAAAGUCACACAAACGUGUUGACUAUUACAGUGAACCUAUAUGCGUUUAUCUCAAUGUAAAAAUAAGUGGUUUUUUUUUUUAUUUUUUCAAAUGGGUCAUUUUAAAACACGUGUGCCUCCGAGCGGGUAGGAUUCAUCGCAGUAUUGUUAUUACAUUUCAAAGUUAAAUGAAAAAAUAAUAAUAAUUAUAAUAUCAAGUGGUCGGGCCUCGCGAGAAAAAAAUAAUAAAUAAUAAAUUUAACAGAAAUGCACUGAAUACCUGUCACCCAAAGUAAAUGACGUCUGCGCACGGGCGCGCGUAGGUACAUAAUAAUAAUAUAUUUAACCGGUAGAAAUGAUACAAAAAUCCUUAAAAUACUCGGUUACAAGGACUAAAAAACGUCACCCUACCUGUUUGUCCUCGACAAUUACACGUAGUAAAAGAUGUCCGCGCCCGACGUCGCCUUGCUCGGACUGUCGUUUUAAUAUUCUGUGUCAAGCUGCUAUAUACCCAUUAAAAAAAAAAAAAAAAAAUCAUUGCGAAAUAUCUGGUACAUUGGUCACCUCUACUGAAAUAUGUUAUCAUUUUAUCAGUGAUAAAAUCAUAAUUCCUAUGUAACACAUUAAAGUACGGACUACGCACCGUACCAAAUAUUUUACGACGUUUAUUUUCCCAAAAGUGAUGGUCCUGUAAAAUAUAGAAAUCUGUUGCGCAUCAACUCGUUGUACAGAACAAUAUAGGAAACGACCUCGAUAUAUUACUCGAUUCUAUAUUCUGACAGAGUUUAAAGCGUACGCUGAGUUUGGCCCAGUCGAUUUUGAAGUUUAAAAACGCGUAGAAUGAAUCUAUAGAGUAAGUGAAACGUUUGUCGGCUACGUUCCGGAAAUGUUCGAAAAGAGAACGUUUCGAAUCGCGUCUGCAGUGAAAUUCAAUCAUCGAAAAUACUCGAGUUAACCUUUUUCCGAACGACAAAUGUUUUUAUCGUUUGUCUUUUAAUAAAUUCAACGGUUUUUUUAUUCUGAAAAACAAUAAUUGUCAAUAAUUUGAAAAAAAAAAUUAAUGAUACUUCAUUGAUAAUUGAUAUUUUUAAAUGAUAAUUUUAAAAUUCAAUUCAAUUCACGAGUUAUUAUCGUUUGAAAAAUUGAUCAAAUUUAUUCCUAUAACUCGGUUGUAUAAUAAGUUUAAUAUGUUAAAAUUCGUUUGGCGCGGUUGUUCCUUAAAACCUUUCGGCGUGCGUUUAAAAUAUCUCGAAACACCGAAAUGCCCUUAAUAACAAAAUAUACGAUUAUAAAACCUCAAAGACGACUCGAGCCCGAAAAGCCUUGGGCCCGACCGUUCUCGAUUAAAAAUCCCGGCUACCCUAUAAUCGCCGCGGGUGUCCUAAUACCGGGACGGAAUUUACAAGACGAUCGUUUUCGCAACGUACGCGGACAAACGGAUUCGUUUCGUUUAUCGAACGAAAAAUAAUCUAAUAAAAUCGCGUUAUAAUUUAUUUUUUCACUCUCCGUUCGGCUGGUUUACAAUCAUCGGCCAUAAUAUACAUUUAUACUCUCAUUGUGCCAUAUCGGUAAAUUACGGCGGGACGUUUCGUACGUGGGUAUAAUAGGUUUCUGUAUAACGGCCCACGUGCCGCGGGGUGUUAAUCCGAAUAAAAGCAUUCGGUUCGCUUUGAUGCAGCGGGUCCGCCGUUUAGCGGUAAUAAAUAUUAUCAAGUUUGGUGCCUUUUAUAUAUAUAUAUAUGUAUAUGUAUAUAAACGUGAGGUCCGUCACGUAAUAUAGAAAACUUAAUUAUCGCGAGCCAAUCAAGUGAACAUUUUCCAUCUCUUGUCCGUAAAUAUCGCGUUUAAGUGUAUACACCCUGUCGGAGUAUACAUGUAUACGAGUAUACAGAUGAAAUUACUAAAAUUGUCGGCACUUCGAACGAACGAGCGUUAAACGCAAAAAAUUAGACGCUCUGUUUUUUUUUUUCUUCAGAUAAAUACUAAUGAAAUUUGCAGGUGGUGAAAACAUCGUUCGAAAAUAUGAAUAAUAAUUUUAGACCUAAUAAAACGCGUAUUAUUUAUUGCAACGUUUGUUAAACACGAGCAUCUAUAUGAUAGAAGCCGUUCAUUUUUUAAUUCUUACCAUUUUUAUCUAUCAAUUUAGUUUAUAAAAUAACAAAAAAUAAUUCAUCACGUUCUUACUCUAAUAAUAUUUAUUUAAAAUAACUAUACGUUUGAAACCGUAAUUUGAACAAAUGAACACACCGAAAAAAAGAGCUAAUACAGCUAAUGUAUGUGCCACUAUUGUAGUUGGAAAAUCGAGAAGAGGGCCUAGUAAUUUAAUUUACAUCUGUAUGUAACGAUUAAUCAUUGUUAAAGAAAAACGGUUCUGAACAAAGUUCGGUUAAACAUGUUUUGUAAUAUCAUGAUUGUAACGAUUUUCAUAAAAAUUUGAACUAAAGACACUUAUUAAUAAAUGUAUUACAUUACCCUCUGCAACUUUUUUUUUGUCCACUAUAAUUGUGAGACAAAAUUACAAAAAAAUAUUAAUUUAAAAGCUAAAUCUAAACAGUCAUUCAUCAAAAAUACAUUAGAAAAUCAAAAUAAAUAACAAAAUUUAUAGAAAUAAUAAAAAUUUGUUUUUGCAUAUAUUGGUAAAUGAAAUGCAUAUUUUACAAUUUUGUAUCGCAUAUAAAUUCUAACUCUAUUACUAACUCUGACUUAAGAAUAAACGAAUAUCGUGUUAAAUUGUCUAUCGUUUAAUUAAUCGCCGAAUUAAUUUUAUCCACAUAGAACUUCAGACGGCAAUAAAUAGCUCAAAAAUAGCCAGAUUGUUUUGAAAAUUUGUACUACGUUUAGAAAGUGAUGAAAUAUAAGCAUUCUUUGAAAUUACCAGGUCUCUAGGAUUAAUUUCAACCGGAUUAAGAAAAAAAGAAAAGAAAACCAAACUAAAUUCAAUUUAUCUUAUUUUCGAACUAAUCAAUGUAUACAAUUUCAGAAACUACUGUAAGAGAAAAAUAAUUAGUUUUUUUUUUCAACAACGAGGAAUUAAAAUAUAAUCUUUCGUUACUUUUAAGUACACGAGCAACACAAUCGAUAUUUCCUGAAGAAUAUUCGAAUUUGAAAUAAUUAUUAAAUAAUUAAUUUACGAGUUUACUACUACUUUUAAAAUAUUAGAUAGACAAUAUAAAAAUAACUCAUAACUCACACAUCGAGAUAUAUCUAAACAGCCUUAAUUUAGUUGUACGUUUAUUUAUUUUCAUACGAGUUUUUAACGUUUUCGUACGAUCGUUUGAAACCAUUAUACAUAGAUAAAAUGUGGACAUUUCGUACGCGGCACGGGCCGAGUGUAUUAUAUCUUAACAAGGGUCAUAGACGGAUUUUCGGGAUUUUCUUUUUUUAAGCACCGAGAGAGUAAACGCAAAGAGGUUUCGGGUUGGCCGUUUUCGAUUACGGCAACUUAUAGUAGUAAUACAACGGAUCCGUAAUAACUUUCAUUUUGAGUUGUAUAAGCCGUAUGGAAAACGACGAAAUUUUAUACUUCUCCGGGUUUCGAUUUACGUUUGCGGAAAACGAUUUUGAUUUUUGUUCGUGUUUUCCAAACUGUGUUUUUACUCCCCGGCGAUUUACAGUGCCAUACUUUCUAAAAUCAUCAAAAAUUAUACCACAGUUGAUCACCAGUAUUAUGCCAGUAUAUUUUCUAGACCGAGGCAAAGUUUCGUGUAGAAUCGUCAACAGCGGUAAGAUUGUAUUUAUAAACAACAACAACAACAACAAAAAAACAACAUUUAAACGUCCGGAUACACGGAAUUAUAGAUUCCAUUAAGAUUAUCGGCGACUGAAAGUGCAUGUCUCGACUAUCUAUACCGGGUAAAAUGUAUUGUAUAGUUUCCUUGUUUCGAACGGCGGCGAGACCACUGUAGAAAUAAUCGCCGGCCGUUUGAUCCGCGGCAUUCCUUUCGACGACAUUUCGAUUAAUAUUAUUUCCCGAGAACCUAACGGUCGACGGCGACGACGGUGCACCGGACGGGCGAAUGUACAUAAUAUUUUAAUAUAUUAUAACCGAGCGAUUUAUAACGGUACCUAUUACACGUCCGAAUCGUUAAAUUCGCGAUUUUGACGAGCCUUUGCCGCGCCGCCGCACGAAUACAAAUCGAGGGGCGACGUGCUGUGGCGAUCUCGGCUGCAGUCAUCAGUUUCCCCCGUUUACAAUACCGCAAUACAUUAUACAUAGAGUACAACAAUAUCGUUUGUGAAAACGCCGUCACCGGAGCCUGAUUUAUAUAUAUUUCGGGGACUAUGAUCCAAAACGAGCCUUUAGUAAAGUUUUUCUUUAGUUUCCGAACGGAGCUGCGAGAAAUGUAUUGUAGGUUUUACACGUUCAACGUCGGAUGUGUUAUGCAGAUUCGCGAUAGGUACCUACAGUUUACUACUUGUAUUGUCUUGUUGCAGUGCAUUUAAAACGGGGAGAACAUCGAAAAAAAAAAAUAAUGAUGUUAUUUAUUUAUUUAGUUUUUUUUUUUAAAAAAUCAAAUUUAUUUAGGUAGAGGAUGAGAGAGCGGGGAUUGAAGCGUAUACAUUAUAAUUUUCAUCGUACGGAUAAUAUCGCGGGACGAGAUUCGAACAGGAACCAGGAGACCGACGCCAACACAAUUUACGCUACAAAUAUACCGAGAUUCGUUUCCGCCGGAUUUGCUCUAUUGAGGGAGGGGGGAGGGGGGGGUCACGACGGUCGGUAAAUAUUUACAAAACCAAGUGCCCUCCCCACGCGAUAAUUUUUAACGGCGACACAAUAUUAAUAUUUCGCGGGUAAAAUACACGUAAACCGCUGGGUCCGUAAUAGCGACCGGCUCUGGGCAGAACGUCCGAGGGCGAAGUCGUCCGGCAAAUAUUUACAGAACUCCACGGGUUUCCGCGGAAAGCGUCAUCGGUUACAACGGAAACAGUUUUCUUUUUUCCAAAACGAUAUUGUCGUAGGACAAUAACACCAGCAAAUGGCAAACACAAAACAGUAUCCGUGAAACGUGUUCGAGUGGAACGAUUAUGGCCCUUCAAAUCAGCCGAAUCCGCCUCGCGUAAUAUUUAUGUUCGACCACUUUUUUUUUUUUGUCCUUAAAUCGUCGUGUUAUCGCGUCUGACGUAAAUCGAGUAGUAAAUAGUAUAAUAUAUGACGUAAAUAAUAUCGGAUCGCUUUUAAAAUUACUACUUCCUGAAAACGGAAAACCCGAACGAUAACCCGUAGGUUAGCAUUAUAUACAGGCGAUCGCCGGGGCAGGGCUUGAUUUUCGUAAUUUUUUGUACUAUACCUACCCCUUUUUUUUCUCUGCGCAUGUGGGAGGUGAAGCCUCACACAGUUUUCCAAAUACAAUUUAUCCCUUCACUUUUUAUUAGAUUAGCGUUAUCGGGAAGCAACUAUUAUCAAUUUUUUUUUUUUAAAUUUUGAGCGCUGGGAUAGUUAUCGAUAUAAAUAAAUCGUUACUCAGGCACACUUUAUGAUGAUUUCAGGUUACACACAUCGGAUUUCGUAUUACACACACAAAUAAGGCACUGGAGCCGGGCAAUUUUUUAUUUCGAUAAUACGCAUAAUUCGAAUAAAAAUGAAUAAUUAUAAAAUACAGACGGUAUUAUGGAAAAGUACAAAAGUAGCGUGUGGACAUAGUUUCAAAGGAGACUAAAAAUGUAUAACUGUUGUAUAUGUCGUGCCCGUCACAUUUGUUUUUAUGGCGAUGCCUUUUUUGUAUAAAAUCAUCUUUUGAAAUUGAAAAUCGGUACCCUCAGGAGUUCUAAAGGGUCGGGGUGUGACGGCCGUCCAAUAGCCCAACGUUUCCGCUCUGGUUAUAAUCGAGAUUUUUACACGGAAAAAAAAGUAAAAAUAAAGUAUUACAAUAAAAAUCCUGACAUCUUUAAUAUCGAAUACUUUUUAGUCUGGAUUUUUCUGUGUGCAGUAUAAAUAGUUAUUUCCUUAAAACCGCACAACAACGAGCAUUGCAGGAAAAUAAAACAAUUGACGAUUCGACUAUGCUACAUUAUAGGCUGUAAACAUUUCCGGAAGCCCGACGUUCGUGUUUUCGGAAACAUUCGCGUGGCCGCCGACGUUUAAUGAACAAAAGUUUCGAUAUUCCGUAUUCGUUUGACUUUUGUCCGCUCGGUAAAAAUAACAGCUGUGUUGCCGAAACAUAAUAAUUGUAAUGUAGGAAAUAACACAGUAGAGUCGAUCGACAAUCCAAAACAAUUGACGACCUCGAAACAAUUGAAAACCUCUCUUUUUUUUUUCUUUUUUUUUUUUAAUUUUUCGGAUUUAUUUAAUUGUUACAUCGAUAUUUCCAAAGGAACAUAAUAUUACUAUCUGAUUGUAUUUAUCCUUCAGUAACUUUUUUCCCCUGACUUUUCGUAGUACACACGUGUAUAUAAAUUUGAUUACUAAUGAUUGUUAGGGAGCGAGUUAGUGAACCUACAAGUAAUAAAAAGCCGGUGGCGGGCGCACAUGUUUAUGUUUCGUAGUAAAUAUAUUUUGAGAAUUUUUAGUGGACAAAGACGAAGUGCACAGAAAAAAAAUCAGGAUUUAUCCGAUUCAUGCGCCGAAAUACUAAAAUUAGAUAUCUUCGAUUCCCAGUUGAAAUCUAUUAUAUUAUUGUAUAAUUCUAGUUUCUAUACACCACAAGUUUUAAAAUUACAGAUACAAUAAUUAAUGUACAUAAAUAAUAAACAAGAUUAAUAAUGAUCAAUAUAGUAUUAUAGUGUUGGUGACUCUGUAAUAGGUAUGAUUAUUUUUUAUUCAUUUUUAAAAAUUUUUUUUUUUUAGUCUUAGUUCCGUACGAAAAAUUAAUUUUAUUCUCAAACGACUGCGCGGUUUAUUCGUUCGAAAAUAUAAUAACAUGCAUGGUGAGACGAAAUCCGACGUCCUGUGGCAAUUAUUUUUACACCCAAUUAUAAAUCAAUAUAAUUUUGUCGAGCGCGCGUGAGUCAGAAACGGUCGGAGUAUAAAAAGCAAUCAGUCAUAAAGUGCGAUAAUUAAACCUACCGGCUCGCAGACACCAGGUGUUUGAUUGAAAAGCUUAAACUAAUAACGAUUAUUAUAAGUGGUCUUUUUUUUUUUUUUUAUUUAACGAACGGACAAACGGAGCAACGAAAUAAUUUGAUGUUUAUAUUAUUGUGCAGGUGAAUUGAUCGGGGGAGGGAGGUUCCGACCGAGAAAUUAAUAAUAAUGUAAUAUCGAUGGCACUUGGCUGCCAAGUGCUUCUUCGCGUAAUCAAUUAUUUCAAUUAAAUUUCAAGCCGAAAACUACGAACGCGAUUACGUGGCCAAUGUAAAAAAGUCACGGUGUAUCUUUCGAAACAAUACCGCCACGCCGCUGCCGUCGGUGAAACGGUCGAAAUUCCAUUUUAACGAAACGGAAAAAUUAGGGGUGGUCCGAUACACAUUAACUCGAUAUUGGUGGUAUCGGUAUGCGUUUUUUUUUUUAUGAAAAACCGACAUUUGACCCGAUAUUUUCGGAGAAAAAUGUCCAUUACGCCUUUGAAUUAUGAAACAAGUAUUAAUAAAUCGGAUUUUCAAUCAAUAUAUCGGUUCAUUUAAACAUCAACUCGUGGUAUCGGGUAUCGGUCUUGUAUCGGUAACAUAUUAUAUCGGAAUCAAUGACGUCAAAGUCCUAAAAAUGAAGUCGGGCGAAACACAUUUUAAAAACUAAACACAGCCCAUAUUACGUCCAAAAUAUUAUGCUUAGCGUAUAGGUUUUCAUUUCUGUAAUAAAGUAUUCAUUCGGUUUGGCAACUAAACUUUGGCCCGAAAUAACACGGUCCUGUGGUUAGUUUUUAAAAAAAAUUUGGGCCAACUUCUAUAGAAUAUUGUGUCCCAACUGAUCGUGUCCUUACGGUAGAGCGCGUUUCGAAAAAUAUAAAAUGUAAUAAAUUCAAGGAUAUUUUCCCCGAUUUUUUUCGAUUUUACGACGUUUAUUUUCAAUUAAUUGAAUAUUAUUUGUUAUUCGCUAUAUCGUAAUACAACGUAAUCGUUCGGUAAUUCGCGACGUUUCAUAAUGUCAAUGGACAUGCGAUUACAUCUGUUUAAACAUUUUUCCCGUAUUAUUAUGUUACGUUUAGGGGCGAACUACUAUGACGUACUGCAGCUUAAAUAAUAACAAUAAUAAUGAUAAUUUUGAAUAAUAUGCAUUAUAGUAUUAUAUAUUUUAUUCGAGAUUAAUUUUGUCGUAUCGUGUUAAAAUUCGCCAUAAUAUUUUGUUAAAACUGUUCGUUGUCGUACGAUAAUAUGGUAAUAAUACAGUGUGCAUUCGGUAUUUCGCUGCAUUCCCGUUGCGUUUUACAAUUUCUAGGAAAAAAAUAAUAAAAUAAAAUAAAAGGUUGACAGUCGAUAAUAAUAAACGAAUAAAUUUCGGCGUUGAUAAAACAGUAACACUGCGAAUGUCCGUUCUCACAAUGACGUCAAAUUGAAUAUUUUAUUUUGUAUUUUAAAUUCGUUUAAAUUAUUACUGUUAUUCCUGUUUUCACGCGGGAACGAGUCGAAAUAAUAGAUUCUAUCGCCGCCAUAGUGUACUGCCCGACAUACGCCCAACACACAUUUUCGAUUUCGACCGGACUCGCUUGAAAUCCACACGAUUUUCGAAACCGUCCAGUGAGAUUAUUAAUUGUAUUAUAAUAUCGUUCAAACGGCGAUAAUGAAAUGUAUAAAAUUUGUAUUUUCAAAGGAUCGGCGUUAUUUUAUUGGAGAUUACGUACCUACGUUUCCCGUCCUUUAGAGAUUAUAUGUUUUCGUCCCGAACGUUUUGUCUAUGCAAGUUCCGUUGCGCAGAUAGUAUUCAUAUACUCAAAGGACGGUUGUUCGUUUUUCGGUGAUACUAAUAAUACUAUGUAGGUGUAGAGUAUAUUAUCGAAAAGCGCGCCGGCGCAUUGAAACCCUAACGGUAUAAUCAGUGGUGUUCCCGUAGUGUAUACUAUCAGUGUCGGCUCGGCCGUGACCAAUAGCCGGUAAUGUUCGUGUCUGGGGACCCUUCAACGAUCAAAUGUUUAUAAAAUAUGACUCCAUUUGACUACUGAUUGUUAUUCGUGCGGAGAUUAAAUAUACAUGUAUAGACUUUAGUUGACUAUUGCAGACUGCAGUAAAAUAAUAUGUAUUUUUUCAAUAUUAUUAAAAUAAUUGUGCGAGCGAGUAAACGAGUAUGCGCCAAUUACUGAACGCUGAAAAUGGCUUUUUCGUACGUAUGUCUCCGCGAAAUCCGUUACUAUUUUUCGGAAACACGAUCGACCAAUAAAACCGAUAUCACAACGAUAAUCAAGGCCUUUUUGUUUUUCAUCUACGGGGUCCCUAAACAUAAAUGGCUCCGGGGGCUCUUGAUGUGUCACACCGACACUAAUAUUAUGUACAGGUACUACGUAUAGUGUACACUAUCGAAAAAAACGAAAUCGACAGGAUCAUUGCCCGUGCGUAUCACCCGGUAGCGUUACCACAUUAUUACUUCACAUAAUAUCACCAAUGCCAACAAAACCGUCACAACAGUAUGAUACAUAAAUUCUAUUUAUUUCAGUCGCUAUAAUUUAACGGUUCGGCGGAGUUUUCUCCGUGCGGGGCACAGGGCAUAAGAUAGCGUAUGUAGUAUAUAUUUAAUCGAUGAAAACAUUGUUCGCGGUAAUCCAAUUAAUACGGGAAAAUGGAAAAUUUACGAUUGACGUGUCGCGAUUAACACGUAGCGAAACCGCAAAAACAAUAUUGAUAUUCAAUUUAACGGUCGCGUAUGAUACAUGGCCUAGGUAUUCCGAAUCUCGGGCGUGGAAAUGCCCCGAAAACUCAUGUUUGUCGAACACGAUGCGUAUAAUAUGUAUAACCGAACGGAUUAGUGGUCGGAAGGAGCAAAACGAAAUAACGUUCGAUACCCAAUCGAGUAAAACGCAAUACCGAAAUAUUAAUAAUACGAAUGGGCUUUUUGUUUUAUCGUCAUUUCAGGCUUACGAAUAUAUUAUGCCGCGUUCGACGAUAAAACGCAGUCUAUCGUCCGCGCAUCAAUCGCGAAUAUAAACGAUUCGUGCGCGGCGAUGACGCGUAGCAGCUGCUCGUCGAGAGGAAAAAUGAUUUUUUUUUUUUUUUGAAACAAUAAAACAAAUAGCUCGCGAUACCGAAAAUUUCUCCGUUAAUUAAUUCGGUUUUUUCGUUACCCGUGCAAUUAUAUCGAUACGGUGCAUAAUUUCGGUAAAUAUUUACAGACGCAUAUAUAUGAUUGAUAUUCGCGUUCGCAUUUUACAUCGGUGUUUUUUUUUGCCAAAUCUCAUCGUGUGCUUAAAAAAACGCCAGCAAUAUAAUUAAUCGCUGGGGUUUCUUUUUUUCAGCCGAUGUUAAUUGGCGUCGCGGUCGUGUUUCAUUUCGAUAUUACACAACGGAUAAUUUAAUUUUCGGAUAAACUGUCCUUAGUUUAUAAAUCCCGAGGUGUACAAAUGUAUACACUGGCAACGUUCACAAUCUUUUUUCGAACAGAAUUUCAUCGGAUCGCGGACCGUUUCGCGGAACUUUUAACAAGCGAAAUACCGAACGGUGCCGCGUAUCACUGUCGUUUGGUAAAUUGUUAUUUGAACUUUGUCGGGCGAACGAAAAUGUCGGGUUCAAAAACUGAUCAUUGCGCGCGCGGACAUCAAGACAAUCAUCGCGAGUCGACGAAACCCAUUUAUUUUUUUUUUUUUACUCCCCCGAGGCCGGUACUUUUAUUGUUUUCGCGGAAACGUUCGAAACAGUCGAGGAUUUCCGGAGUGGUAGGUGGAAAACCGUCGCGGAUGAGAUAUGUCAUAGUAUAUAUAUAUAUAUAGAGAGAGCCUCGACAAAUACAAUUAAGUUUUCGAUCCGUCGUUAUCGGUGUAUAAGUACCGACGAGGGUUGUCGGUAUACGUAUUCGGUAUUUUAUGGGCAAACAUAUCAAAACAAUAUUGUUUAGAUUAAACAAUAACAUUUUUCAAAAUAAACGAAUACGAGAAUAAAUUCGAUUUUAACGCGUAGAAAUACAAUGCAGUCACUUCAGUUGUCAGCUAUUAUAGUGUGCGGUGGUCGGACGUAGGCCGAGCGUCCUGCCAUAUUAUUGAACGCUUCCGUUUGUAUAUUUCGGGCGUCAAGUUCGGCCGGUCGAAAAGGCGCGUUUAAACUAUCGACGCGCAUUCUCGGGGUCGAAUAAUAUUCGUCAAACGUGUAAAGUGUCUGCGGACCGGAAUGUUAUCUUAACGAAAGGUUUUAUCGUGCAGGUACAAACUGUGGCGAAACGACGAGUAUACUAGAAAAUACAUCGUGACUUAUAAGAUUGUAAAAUGUACGAUUUCCUUUAAUAUUUGAUCUUAAAACUCUUAUAAAAACUUAUAACUACUUUAUUAAGUUAGACUUUUUUUAUUUUUAUCAUACUAAAUACGAAUUAUAAAAAAUCUCGUGUUAAAUUUUUAAGCGUUUCAUUUAAGUCGAAAAAUGACGUGUUAUCCAUAUUGUACCAACCAAAAAAAAAAACUAAACAAAUGUCAUAGAUUUGUCAGUUUUUCUUUUUACGUAUUAUUCCGGUUUUUCCCAAUUAUCGGGAAAACCUGUUGAAAAAUCAAAACAUGAACACUACCGCACCGAUUAAACACACAAAAUGCGACAAAAAAGAUCUUUUGGCAUUGUUUGAACGGAACGAGUUUUCCGGUAGAAAAAAUGUAUGCAGAUAUAAAAAUAAAAAAACCACAUCAUAGUAAGACUAAUACAUUUUUCGCUCCAUUCAGAAUCAAAAAUAAAACGCAAUGGGUUUUCGAAAAAAAUGUAUCGGCAAAUAAUAAUACCUACUCGUUUAAAUUGAGUACAAAUCGACCAUGUGUGUAUAGAACAAACGUAGGAACAAGAUAUAAAAAUCGCGGCGAAGAGUCCCGCGGAAUAUGAUAAUAUGUUUUCGUGAGUUGUAUAAAUAAACCUAACCUGCAAUAUCGAUUUCGGGUAAAAAUCGACCGUUUUUCGCCACUAAUUUCACCAGGGAAAAGUCAUUACGUAUAAGAAAAAAAACCGAUACCUACGCAUAUUAUACGGUAUUACGACCUGUAGUUAAUUGUAAAAUAUUGCAGUUUGACGACGAGAUGAUUACCUCGUCACAUCGCGGUCUCUACAUAUAAAAACGAUGUCACUUUUAAUUAAAAACCAGUAGGUCGAGCAAAUUUCCGCGGUAUACAAUAAUUUUCGUUGUUACGGAACGUUAUGGAAGUGUAUAUUAUUUUAAUGCGAGAGAUUCGAGUAAAAUUGUAAGCUUUGUCGUUUGACUAGCUCGAGGCUGUUGUACGAUUUUUGUUAGUCUUUUGCGCAGUUAACGAAUUCCAAAACGGUGAACACGCGGGAUUUAUAAACGCAGUUGAAAAGCGUAGAAAAACAAUCGGCGUAGUCGAAAGAGUCGUAUAGAUGAAAUCGUCACGAUAUUUACGCAAAAAGAAAAUCAGGCGGGUAUUUGGGAAUGACAACCGAAUUUCUAAAGCGGAUUUUAUCCGUAAAACGAAUAAUUCAAAAAAAAUAAUAAAAAUAUAAAAACCCGACUAACAUUCGUAUUGACUAUACGUUUGACAUUUCUUACAACGAUUUUUCCUGACAUGUCGCGGGCGCAUCGCAGAUAUACGUAAGUUUCUUUAAUGUAUAUUAAUAUUAGUUAUUCGUUUGUUGUUUCAAACAUCUUUCUAUAUUUUAAUAACUGUUUGUUUUCAAUUUAAAAUCUUGAAUUAAAAAAAAAAACACCGUAGAUACAACGAUACAACUAAAUAAUGUACUAUAUACAACGAGCUACGACCGACCUUUAAAAUAAUAAUACGUAUCGUUCAUUAUUAUAUUUUAAUCAAAAACUUUAUUUACUUUGCGAUUGUUUUUCCGCCGUAUGCGGUCUCCCGUGAAAAUAUGACAUUUCCGACUUAUUACCUUAAUCGGUCAUUUUAUACCUUACGCCAGAGACGGAAUUCCGAGCCGAACGCGAGUCUCGUCGUCAUAUCGAAUAUUAUAUUAUUAUAGGCCAAGGUGUCCGUACAGGAUACGUAUUGGUAUACAGGUAACCUAUUGUUAUUUUGUACACCUGCGGUAAUAACGAGCGCGUUAUAGAAAAAAAAAAAACCCCCCGUACGCCUGCAAUUUACCAAGCUGCGUAACGUGCAAAACGAUAACGACGACGGUUUCUUAAACGGUUUAUAGUGACCGUCAUUAUCGCGCGCGUUGUUUUAAACGCUCGAAUUACUACGAAACCGUACGGUUUCGACCACGGUUUUCGAUAUUCUUUGCAAUUAAAUAUAAGAGCCGAGUAACGUGCAAUACCGCCGGACAAUAAUAGCGGCGGGCGCCUAAACAAUUGUUUUUCUAAUGUUUAACACGCACGCUUAUACAACUAUACGUACUGCGCAGUAUGUACGCAAUUGAAACUUUUACCGGACAAAUACGAAUUAAGAUCACCGAGAAUGUAUCCGUUUUGAAUAUUUUAAGCGUACCUACUCGGUGUUGGUUUUUUUUUUACCAAAUUUGUCUGAAAACUGACGACGAGUCUGGCGAUAAAUGUAAAUUGGUCGGAAUACGAACUGCAAUUGUUGUUGUUGUUGUACGAGAAUGAGCGAGUAUAACAAAUAGACUUACGAAAAAUAUGAAAUUUUUAUGUUUUCGCGAAUAUCAUUUUAAAUUCAUUUUAAAGUUGUGCGCAGUAGAAAAUAAUAAUAAUAUGAUGAUGAUGAUGAUGAUGAUGGUAAAUUAUUAUUUUAUGAAAGCACACGCGUUCUAUAAAACAUCGUUUAUCGAGAUAACCGCUAGCGUGUGUUCUACUACAGUACCCACUCCGAGAAAAAUAAAUAAAACCGUACCGAUAAACAAUCAAUAAAAUUCGAUUACGCGUAUGUAAUAUACUUACAUCGUAGUUUAUAUAGUAAUUAUACACAAGUUUUAUUAAAUUAUUUAGGUAGUGAAAAUUAAAAAAUUUAGUAACACUCGAGUCUAUUCCUUAACACUGUCAUUGCGACAUUUUAAUCUCGGAAUUAUUCUGUCCGUUUGUUUUUGGCGAGCAAUCAUUCUGUAUUAGAUUAACUGUUCUACGUUCAUCUAUAAUACCAUCGCCUAAUCUUGGUCUCUGCAGCACUGAACAAAAACAAUCAAAUUUUUUAUAUUAUUAUAAAGUGCCCUCGGCGAGACCAUUAUUUUUACAUCGUAUUUUCGUACGAAUAUGAAAUAAAUUCAAGUCGACUUUUUGAUCGAAUUGUUUAUUUAAAAAUAAUGAAAUUAAACUUAUUGUAAUUUUCGAAAACUUGCAUAUUGUUCGCGCAUAAUAUCAAUAUAAAGUUUUAAAAAAAAGAGCUGAUACUGGGGACGGGAGCGACCACUGUUGUAGGUGAGGAGUUGGGAAGGCAGGAUACAUAAGGUUAUUUCAUUUAUAUCUGUAAGCAACGAUAAACCAUACUACAUAAUUAGAAGUGCCGUAAGUUUUUUUUGCGACUUUUGUUUAAAUUUAAUUUCAAAACGCUUAUUGAAAAAUAAAAAAGUCAUUCGAUAAUUUUGGAAAUUUUACCACGUCUAGGUAAAAGUCCAAUAUAAUGCAUUAUUAUUAAGUUUCAAGUCUCUACGUGUAUUUAUAACCGGAUUACUGCAAAAAAACUCUCAAAAAUUAAAAUUCCUUAAAAGCUCAAAAGUUAUGGCAAUAAUACUGUAAGAAAGUAAAUUAAAAAGGCAUCAAAAAAUGUAUCUUGUUAUUUUUCGAUUAAAUCAUUUUUUCUGGUAGAAAACGUCCGUGUUUCUAUAAAAUAAUGAAAUCGUGAAAUUGUAUGUUUUCCUACUUAAAUGCUUUUAUUUAAAAAUGGCAUCAGAAAUCUGAAAAUGACGUCACUAAAGUACAAUCUAGACAGCUCGAGCUUGUAGAAAAGUUGCUAUACGCAAAAAUCAGAACAAGUUUACCAGGAAAAAACGUGUCCACAAACUAGAAAAAAAAUGAAAUAAAUAUCUUAGUAAAACCAAUAACUCCCUCGUUACUCUCGGAAUCUAAAAGUCUAACGUAUUUCGUGAUGAACUCGACAUUUUUACCCUAGCAUAUAUUUUUGUGGCCCGAAAAGAAACCGUCCAGGAAUCAACCAAAAAAAAAAAAACAACCUAUGUAUCGAUAUUCGUCGUCAAUCUUCUAAACCGUAUUAAAAAACUGUCAGGAAUCUAGAAUUUCUUUUUUUUUUUAAUAAAGUAUCACCUGGUAAAACAUCCGCAUCAUUUACCAUGUGAAAAAGUCGAAACAUUUUUACUAGACCAUUAAUGAAUUAUCCAACUAAUCGGCUUUCCACUGGGAUUCUAAAAACGAAAAAAAAAUAAAAAGUUUAUUGUAACAAACAAAUUAUAAGACAUUUAUGAUUCAUUUAAUUCUUUACAUCGAUCACUACUUGAAUAACUGUAACGUAAACGGUUAUUUUAGAGUACCUAAUCAAAAGGCAAAAAAAAAAAAAAAUUACGUCUGUGUGGCACAAUAGGACGACGAUAAAUUAUUUUCAUCAUUCGCCGCGUUCUGUAUAAUAUUACGCGAAAUGUUUCGUUUUAGCCGAGGUUAAAAACAAAAAAAAUAAAAUACGUUAUUGUGCGCGAGAAUCGUUUUACAUAGCUCUUCGUGGAUUUCGCCGGUCGUACUGUGUAAAUUACGCGUUAUUUGGUGGCUUAUAAAACGCAAUUGUGUGAGAAUAAAAAUUCUACCCGAGUUCCAGUUAUGUCAACGGCACGCGGACUGACAAAUCGAUUGAACUACGUAAUAUUGUUUUGGUAGUAAUUUAGUUUUUAUUUCAGUCGGUUGGAAGUCUCAUAUUCGUUUUUUCAUAAUAUACAUUCAGACCGAUGAGAUAGAGUAUGGAAUGGAACGACAAACACCACCGUUUAAUUUUGAUACACGAGUUUAUUUAUGGAAAAAAAAAGGUAAUUAAAUAAAACUCAAACGAACGUUUUCUACGUUUUUCUAAAUCGGAAUAAAUUCGGAUACUUUUUUUUUCAAAAUUAAAAUUGAACGAAGGAUAGUGGUGAAUUUGUCUCUAUGUAGCGUAUUGACCUAUUGCAAUUGUCCCAUGCGUUCGUAAAAACGGCCGUGUAACUUCCCCUUAAACGGGUAUUAAGCAGUUUGAUUAGUGGGCGAAAAUCUCACCAUCGAGGGAAAAUAUAUCUGUCGCCAACUGCGAGUUCGAUUAUGCAUAUUUUUUGUCAAUAAUUCCGACGGCCUCAGUGUAUAAAAUUAACACUUUUUAUAUAGGACUUCGGAUGUACGAAUGAUACGAUUUGAUAAUAAUCCGAGUGGUCUAAUGAUAUUUUAAAUUCAAAUCAAUGUCUCCGGAUCGAUAAAUACCUGUUCGUAUAUCAUAUUAUUUAGUAACCAGUAAUUCCGGCAUUCGGCGUAAUAUUUUCGCUUAAGCCCGGGUGUUUAUUAUUAUUUAUCUACGGGUAUAUAUAAUAUUCAUAUGGUUUUUGUCGAACGAGGAACGUUUAUUACAUUUUCGAAAAACGAUUACACCUAAUGCCCGCGAACGGAGCUCAGAAUUUAAAUUCGUACGCCGUUUAACAUACCUAUGCCUAUAAUCAUUUUAUAUUUUGACUUUUUUCAUUUUAGGGAAUUGACAUUUUUUUUUUUUUUUCAAGUGUUGUCGAAAAACAAAUAUCGUUAGACGAUUUUUGACGAAUCGUUUUAUCCGUUUAUUUACAUUUUAUUAUAUUAUCGCGUUAUCGAGAUCCUGCGUUAAUGAGAUGCUAUUGCAGUAGCGCGUAAAUACACUAAGUAGAGAGCGAUAAUAUUACAGUGGAACAGUGUUUCUCGACCUUUAUAGCGUUCCUCUAAAUUAAUUUUCGAAUUAUUAGCUAAACCCUUAAUUAUAUAUGUUAUAUACCGCCGAUAUUUUAUGUUUUCAGCGACCCUAGUCAAUUGGUAACCGUUUUUUUUUUUUAUGACAACGCAGACAUUGAAUAAUCAAUUUUUAUUCGAAUACUUUUUAUCGUGGCUAAAUAACAAGUACGACGGCAAUUUUCGAGAUACUUAGGUGUCACGCGGUAGUGAUUUUAUCAGUUCACCAGCAUUGUAUAAUGUAUACCAAGCGCCGCGAACUAAUAGGUUUUGGUAUGUGUCCGGUACAGAAUUGCGGUGAUAAACUGCAAGUGCCAUAGACGAGACAUUAUCCGUGGUCGGUACCAGCUGAGUUUCGUUUCCAUGAAGUUUCAAUGCAUACGUUAAAUGUUGUAAAUAAUAAUAUUCGCGCACAGCAAAUAAAUGAAAUACUAUUCGCAUCGUCGUCUCUUGAUUAUUUAGCCGCCAUAUGUUUUGUACGUUUAUGACGAACGAGGGAAAAAAAAAAUAUAAUAUGGAUUCUUUUGAUGUAUGGCGAAGAAUUCAAAAAUAAAAAAUAAACCAAAAUAUAUACAUAAAUAUAUAUAUAUAUAUAUAUAUAUUUUAAUAUAGAUCCGUUUCGCCGGUGCAAGUAAACCAUUUCGAACAAUAUUUCUUUUUUACAAAAAUACUUACAAGUACGGGUACUGUUAUGUUCGUUUUGACGGGCUAUGCGCGAGAAGUUAUUAAAAUGUUCAGUGGAGCAUAUUUCCAUGUAUGCUCGUAGUGCCUAUAUAAGUAUAUUAAUAAGUAAUAAGAAAGCGUACCCGCUCGUAUAUACCUACAUUCUUUAAUAAUGUCGCGAACAAUAAUAAUUUGAACGUUACGACAUCAAUAGAAACGCCGAAAAUACGACGUUUGUAAAACGCGAGCGCGCGGGUGUUAAUAUUCGCGAUGUUUCACAGACGCUUUUGCUGGAAUACAGAUUUACUAUGCGCAUACGGGCGAUUGAGAAUAAUAAAAUUACAAUAAUACAUAGUUGUCUAGUGUAAUCCUCCGGCGUUAGAGAAAUACCUUCUCCGCUCCUAAGUAUAAGCAUUUACAACUAUACGUUUACCAUUUUGUUCCCGUUCCGUUGGCGGUUUCGCGCUCUCCGCUCACAAUCGUUUUUCGUCAGCAAUAGUCGUUCGUCGCGAACAGAUAUAGAUUAAAUUUCCCCCAUACCUUCCCGCAACUUCUCACCUACAACAGUAGCCCGUCCAUCGUGCGAAGUAUGUCAUUUCGGUUUUUUUUUUUUCGAGAGGAAACGAUUUCGAAACGAAGUCGUCGGCGAUAAGACGCGUACCUACCUAGUCGUGCCUAAUCUGAACGGGCAAGAAAAGUAAAAAUGGCGCGUGACGACAAUAUAAAUGCUUUGGAACACGUGCAUCGAGACGAUGAGUGCACUGCACACAGAAAAGAUCGACACGAUGUGUACGGUCAAAAAAAAAAAAUACAAACAAAAAAAUGACAAUAACAAUAAUAUCGCGUGCGUCGGGUUUUUAGGUUACUGAAAAAUAAUGAUUUGAUUUUAUAUAUUUCUAUCGUGUUGAAUUAUAUUUACGUCCGUACGCGAUUCAUAUUGGAAAUGUGACUUGCUUCUAUUUUUCGUUCGACAACGACCAUUUGUACUUUUGAUGAAGUAUUUGAAAAGUACACAAUAUCAUUCAUUAUUAUUAUUAUUAUUUGUUGCGUAUACAAUGAUGUACAGUUUAAAAAUGUAAUAAAAUAAUAGAUUUUCGAAAUAUCGCCGUAAUUAUUUACGGAUGAGAAUUCGAAAUGUUCGUAAAAAUAAACCGGCAUUUCUUUCUGCGGGUUACGCCGUCGAACGCGAUUUUAUUGAAACGCGAAUUAAUUCUUUGUCGUCUCAAUAAUAUAUUUCUUUGUAAUCAGUAAUUUUCGUUUGCGAAUUUUCUUUUCUCGUCGUAUCUCGACUAAAAUUCUAACUUCAAGGGCCCUGCGCACACGUUUUAUCAAUCCUAAUUUCAUAAAUGAUUUGUUAUUUAACCGAUCAACAUGAUUUUUAAAUGAGAGUUUAGAAUCAAAGUUAACUCCUAGGUCAUUAAUAAUAAUUUUACGGGUCAAAUAUAAGUGAUCAACGCAGUAGUAAAACGAACAAUGGUUUUUUUCUUGGAGAAAACGAAACAGUUGAUAUAAUCAGGGUGAUAAUAUCGCCUGCUUAUCAUACGCACAUUUUCAGAAAAAAAAAUAUCGCGAAAAUAAAUGCACAGGUGCCGUUUUUCGCGACAAUAGAGUAUUACGAUGAAACCGUUUCGUUAAUAAUUUAAUUUUAAUUUCGUUAUUUGAUAUUUCGUGUUUGUUGCGACGACGGCCGCGGUUUUAUCGCCACGACAAUAACAAUAAAAACGGUCCGUUUUACUCGCGCAUAGGUACCAUAACCGUUAACGGUAACUACCAAUGUUAAUUUGGUUAAUUAAUCGGUUAGAAUAUUAUGACCGUACUAAUGUUUUUUAAAUGUUAUUAUUAUUUUUUUUUUUUUGUUUUCAUUGCCAUAUCUAAUCAGAUUGAUCACGUUUCCGGAGAGGACAACUACUUCCGUAACGGGCUCCGAAACUCGCCUUCCAGGGAAUUGGACCGUUUUAUGGGUGAGUACCGAAGCUAUGUACGCCGCUGCCGUAAUAAUAAUAUUUGCACUUGCACGUUUAACGCUCGUUAAUAAAAACGUAACGAUUUUUUGUAUUAUGGUAACAAUAAUUUACCAAUGAAUUUAUCGUACCCGGUGCAUUCAAAUCGAAUCCCCUAACCCCGCGGGGGGCAAAAAUAGAUUUAAAAAAAACAAACCACCGUAUACGUCAGUUUACGAGACUAUAGUUGAAUCCCGACUAUUACUGACGACAUGAUAAUAUAUUUUACCGGUAAAUUUUUGACUCUCACCGCGUUCGCACUGAUUCGUUUUUUAAAUGCAACGGCCACACGGAGAUGUUUCCCAGUGAAUAAAAACAAUUUAGCCACGUUUUUUCCAGCCAUACGCGAAAGCAUUUAAUCUAAAAUCGUAAUAACAGAAUUCGGUCGUCCGACAAUUCUCCGCCGAUGCAAACUACCGACAAUUAAUUGAUGCGUAGGUUUCGGUUAAGAAUGUUUAAUUCAAAAAUGUCCUCGCGUGCGUCGGAUUAACAUGAAUAUUUAAUUCUACGACGAUUAAAAAAUGUAUACAUUAACAAAAAACAAAAAAAAAAUUACAAACUUUAUUAAAGGGACUCGUCGUAUUUAAUUUUCUCGAGCACUUUCGCCGGCUACGAUGGAUCCUGUAUAGGAUUUUCGAUAUUAAGUACAGUAAAACGUCCUUAUAUACUGACACUCCUUAAACUGAUUUUAAGAAGGAUUCCGUUAUAGCUAGACUAAAAUAUACGAGUACAGGCCAUGCAGAACUGUCGUUGUUUUCCGUUUUAAGGGGAUUUCCGUCUUAUAAUAGGGGGCUCAUUAUAAGGAGGUUUUUCUGUAUAUCAUGUUUGCUGGAGGUUUUUUCGAGGGGGUUUCGGGGACUCGAUUCGCGUAUACAAACGCACUGAUAGUACCGCGUACGAGUGCAGUGGCGGAUCCAGGGAGUAUAGGGGCACGUGCCCCCCUGUAAAUGGACUACAGUUUUUAUUUAUGUAUUUUAUGUUAAUUUAACAUUUAAUGUAUAGUUAAUUUACUGGUAUAAUGUGCUGCCCCUUUCAAAAAAUGUCUGGAUCCGCCGCUGUACGAGUGCACGUAUCGUUGUAAAUAUUAUAAUAUUAUUGUUUUUAUGCCCGUACGCAGUCAACGCACGAAUUGCAUGUCCGCCAACAGCGACCGCCGCGUCACCACAGCAGUCGAGCGCUGUUAUCAAACAUUACACUGGCUUGUAGUACACCCUAUAUAUUAUACAUAUAUAUAUACGCUAUCUUUAUAAUAAUAUUAUUGUAUCGGCCGGAAUGUCCCGCUUUUGCGUUCCGGUAGUAAUUUGCAAUAUAUAGAUUAUAAACGUUCGGAUCGAAAUGCUGGAAACGUCGAGGGGGAGGGGGAGGAGGGGAAAUCGAUAGAAUUUUGAAACGAUACGUUUUUCCCGGAGAAACGAGAUCCGCCGUUAACCUCCAUUUUUCCCCCAUCGUCAAAAUAAAAAAUUGCUAAAAAAUAGAUAACGAGGGGUGGUGGAUAUUCACCAUAGCCCGCCCCUCGUAUACGCGCCACCGAAAAUCAUUUCGUAGAAAUCAUAUUUUAUAGGUUGAACUGCCUUGCACAAAGUAAUGGACGUGAUACAAUAACAACAACAAUAUUGUAAAUUAUAAUAUUCUUGCUCUGGUAAUUUUACCGCGACGACGGUGCAGACGCGGUCUGCAGAGAUACUUCCGGUUUCUCUUCCGGAAUCGCGGAUUAACCGCGGUGCAGGUUAGAUAUUAGUGUAAUUAUAUUCCCUUUGUGCGGUAUUAUUGGUCUUGACCGUGUAUUUAUCCGUUGAACACAAUCUGUGGCGUUUAUUCGAACGGGCACUAUACCCGUUAAUAAUCCUUUUAUUCCCUUCGGCGAAACCCCGGAAGUUACAGAUUUCGACGCAGCGGUCGCCGCCGCCGCCGUGUAAAACGGACCGGAACGAAAUACGUUUUACCGAAAUUGCGGAAUAUAUACUCGUGGUGAUCCUAGACGGACAUAAUAUAGAGACGGACAGCGACCCGAGGGAGGGCUAAGGCGGUAAAGGUUUCUUCCCCCACCCGGUGGACAAGAAGGAUUGAAAAUUCCGAACCCGUAGACGGCGGCAGUCCGGCGCUAACGUUUCGAAACCGGAUUUGACAAUUUCAAUUUCUGUGUUCAACACUUGAAUUUCGGACUUUGUUAUUCUGGAUUCCGUAACGGUCACACGAACGGAACGCGAUUUCAGACGAGUUUCUUUGAGACGGUUUUUUUUUUUUUUUUUGGAAAUUCACUAUCGGUCCGGCAUUCGUUAUAAACAGCGUACACCGGUGUACCCACGUACACCUGUAAUCGAUAUGUCUCCGGCACGGGCGACCGACAAUAUGCGAAAUUGCCGCGCCUCUAUAAUAUUAUGCUGGCCCCUUAUUAACGCCACUCGACACUAUCGAGCCGCCCGUCUCGGAGACGCGGGCAUAUUCUUCACGUCGUUUGUCUCCGUCCCGACCGCCUAGUCCGGCGAAAGUCCGCCAAAGUCUUGUCCGCACUCCGACCCGACGCGAUUCGUCGCCGCUUACCGCGGGUGUCUCGGGGGACGCGUAGGCGUUCCGUUUUCGUGUCCGUUCGCGAUAUACCGGGGCCGAGCAUUUUGUAGACGUACGCGCGGCCUGGGUCGGACGGUAAUUUUUUUCACCACCCCUCGCUGAUAAUCGUAAAUCGAUUUCGCGCGUUCCGUUUGCCGAACCGCACACGUCGUUGCCGUUUUCGCACGUACCCAUCCCGCACAACGAUUCGUUACGACGUGUCCGUCUGCACCGGCAGAUAUUCGUUUCGAUCGAGACUUAUUAUCCGGCUGCGGCGCCGGUCUCCCGCCGACCGAGUCGACCUUAUGAUUUAUGCACGUCGGUAAAGUGCCGGGGGGCCGACCGCAGACACCCGCAGCGCGACGGCCCAGAUCUCGCGGUCCGCAGCCGCCGCCGCGAAUGACGUGAUAAAAUCGUAUUUUUUAUGUUUGCUCUUUUCGCCGGUGCGACCGUCCGCGUAUUCGAUUUUGGGGUUACAAUCGCGCGGCAAAACAAUCGUACACAAAUCGUACUCCGUUUUUUAGCGAAAAAAAUAAUUUUAAAAAUAAAAAAACUCCCGCAGAAAACCAAAGAGAAAAAACUUUUUAAAAAGCGCCGAGUUCGUUGCGCGACCGAUUAUUGAUUUAACGAUAAUUACAUUAGCCACGUGUUAGACGACGGUGAAAAAGAUUGAUUUUUACUUGAUUUGAUUUGUAGCUUCGAUAGAAAAGAGCUAAAAUGUUUUCGAAAUGCGCGUGUAUAGCACUCAGACAUCCGAAAUUUUGUGCGUCAUCGCGUCGUCCCGAAGACGUCGAACGCUAUUACGACAAAAUCCCAUUGAAAUUGUAUUAAUUUUCGGCGAAACGUUUUCAUUCAAAAACGUCGGUUUUGCUUCUUUUUUUUUGUUUUUACAAAACGGUUCCCGUUAGACUUUUAAACGGAUUGAUCGACAUUAUUGUAAUAACCUACUCCAUCGAAAUACUAAAAAACACAAUACUUAUUGCCUGGUGCAGUGGCGUGAAGAACAUAUUUUGUGUUUAUUAUUCUUGGUGUCCAGAAAACGUCAACCUGUGUACACUUGUUAACGUCACCGACCUUACGAACAAACCAGUAAUAAUUGGUUGUUAUUAGUUUUCAGUUUAAACUCAAGGGCGCUUCUACAGUCGUGCAGAUAUUUUUGUUAUUUUUGGCAUUUACGAAUUUGCGGUUACGAAUGGUUACGAAUUGGUUAUUAAAUGACUGUAUCAAUUUCGAAAAAAACCGAUUAGGUCGCGGCUUCGCGGUGACGCACUUUUCCACCUUAUAAUAUUUGUGUACGAUUUCGUGCUUGUUUUUCGCCCUCCGCUAUUUCUAUCUGUCUUAAAAUAUUCGUUUUGUAAAUUCGAAAUUCAUAAUGAUCGCGCCAUAAUUAUAGUUUUAGAAUUUUUGGGCCUUUUAAAUUGUGACGUUUUGCGCGCGUUCGAGCAUAAUAUGUCCGUGGACAAUCCCAUUAAUAUAAUCAGAAAAAUCACGUCGAACUAUAAUAAUCGCGAAUUUUUUUUCAAAAUAUAUGCGACCCGGGCAAAUGUCCCCUCCCCCCCUCGAGGUCGUACAUCUCGAUUAACCUACGGUCUAUGACCUGUACCAACCUGAUCGAGGGGCAAAAAACACUCUUUGCCACCAGCAAUCUUCAGUCGUAGCGAUUCGAAUACCGUCAUUAACUAACAAAAUUAUUUCUCCUCGCGUAUAUACGAAAAAAUCCCGAAAAUAUGCGCUCGAAACGGCCAAACGAUCGGAAUCACUCGCCUCUCGUCAAUAAUAAUAUUUUUUAUAUUAUUAUUAUUUUUAUUUAUUUCGACGAGACGGAACGACGGUGGGGGUCUUUCCGGUAUUUAUAUUAAAACAUCGGAGGAAUAAUAAUAAUUCGUUCGGGACAAUAAUAUAGUUUACGAUAGUGAGCUGUAUAAUAAUAAUAAUAAUAAUAAAAAAAAAAAAAAAUACAUAACCGGGGUGCGAACGAAAAAUAAAUACACAAUAGGUCCCAAUUUUUCCCGUUAUUAUAAUAUAAUAUACCUACAUAUAUAUGCACCUAUAGUAUUAUAGUCGGAGCGCGUUAUAUUAUUUAAGGAAAACGAUUUUCGGUGCGAUUCGCAGAAUACGAGGGGGACGACGGACGAGACGAAGUACACCGCAAAACGGUUUUGUACACCGAAACCGCACCAGGGUAUAAUAAUAAUAAUAAUGAUAAUAAUGUUAUUAUACUAUUAUUAUUAUAUCCCGAGAGUAUAGACGGGCGUAGAGCUGCCACAGUUACCGCGGUUUUACACACCCGUCCACCUACACACACACACACACACACACACAAACACAGAACCACAGACACACGCGAUUCACGCGGUCGUCGGUUAACAAAAUCGUCGGUAAGCUCGAAUUUCCCGUUCUCCGUGGAAUUACGUACAUUACAAACUGCAGGUACGGACGACGUUUGCAGCGCUCGCGCAGGGUCUGAAAUUUUCGUUUGCGAUUUUUUUUUUUUUUUACAAUUUCAUAGACGUUCAGUCGGCGGGCGGAAAAUCUCAAAAAUCUAAAUGUUGAGAAUCGUACAUUGUCCACGUGUCGCGAGUAUCGUCGGUAUUUUGCUCCGUCUGUUUGCCGGAACACGCUGUUAAGCGACACUAUCACGUCAACAGCGACUCGAACGUUUACGCGACGUACGAGUAGCAAGUCGUGGCGUCAGACGAUUGAUCGAAAAAUCGAUUAGAUUCGAAAAUUUCGUUCGUAAAUUGAGUAACAUACGUGUACAACUAUUAUUAUACAUUUCAAAUUUAAGUGAAAAACACGACCGCCGACUGAUUUUUCGCCGUCGCGCAGCCAACAUCGAAAUCUCCCGAUCCCCACCAUCCCUAUUACCCUCCCCUCCGCGCGAUCACUGCAGCGAUUCGACAUGCGGUCGGAGCUGAGUACGGGCCGGGCUCGUUAUAUUUGCGCGCCGGGACUCACUGUACGUUUGCAGCGGUAUCCGAGUGGGACGGCUUAUACGGGAAGACCGACGGCCACGUCACGACGACCAAACAGGACAGCAGCCUGGACCGGUUGGGCGGCGGUCACGUUAUGAGAACUAAACGGGACGACAGCCUGGACCGACUAGGCGGUUUCAUCAGUUUUACAGACAAUUGCGACGACGACGACGACAUCAGUUGCGGCAGCGGCGGUGCGAGUCCGCCGUUCGCGGCCGUCAAACGGGCCAGCAGUCUGAACCGACUGGACGGCGGCCACAUCAUAGAAGCCAAAUGGGAUAGCAACCUAGACCGGUUGGGCGACUACGUUAUGGAAGCCAAACGAGACAACAGUCUGGACCGGCUGGGCGGCGGCCACGUCAUGGAAGCCAAACGGGACAGCAGUUUGGACCGACUGGGCGGCGGUCGCGUCAUGGGAACGAAACGCGACAGCAGUCUGGACCGUUUGGGCGGUGGCCACGUCAUGGAAGCCAAACGGGACAGCAGUCUGGACCGUCUGGGCGGCGGCCACGUCAUGGAAACGAAACGCGACAGCAGUCUGGACCGGCUGGACGGCGGCCACGUCAUAGGAGCGAAACGCGACGGCGGCCGUCCGUCCGCGCCGCUGGGCGACAAGUCCGGCUUAACGGUCGGCAGACUCGGCGGCUUGGGCGGCCUGUUGGCCUUCGUCCGUCCCGGCGACGGUCCGUCCGCGGGCCGCCAGCCACCCGGAUACCGGUGGAUCGAAGUCACGGAAUCCGAUUACGUCGAUUGCCUCGACUGCGUAUCGCCGGCAGAGUCGUCGUUUUAAACAUCCCUGCCGCCACUGUCGUCGUCGCGUAUUUACCGACCGUACAAAAAUUCAAAAACUUACAAGUAGUUGUUAUUAUUAUUUGACCGGAUACCGUGUUACAGUAAUUAUAGUUUUGUGUUUUGUAGAGACUGUAUUAAGGGAAUUAUAGUGAUUUCGUGACAUUUAAAAGCAAGAAAAACUUCGUUUUUUUUUCCCCCCCCCAGAGAGAACCGGAAAAAAUGUUUUCAUUUAUUUUUUAUUUUUUUUUAUUUUUUUUUUUAUAAUAAUUUACGGGCGUUUUACGUUGAUACACGAGCGCCCAUUGGGGGAGGGGGGCACAAGAGAUGAACAUGCCCCCACCCUAGAAAAUAAUAAAUCUGAAUCCGUGAAAAUAAUUGUUAUUAUAUUCUUUACACCGUUGAUGAUAACCAUAACAUAGACCCUUGCUUAUCACCGUGUAUAAUCUGAUAUUUACAUGAUUGCAUACCCUUUCUCCGUCGUUUCUCGUUCAAGAAAUGCCAUCCUGGAGUGUCUAUACGCCAUAAAUACGUUUAGGAAUCUUGUUUCGUUUUGUCCCCCGUCUGAAAAAUACCCCGUGGGUGGGGCGCCUUCGCGAAUCGCAUAAUCUAAUCGUACUCGUAAUCGACACGGCACACGUGGAAUAUCGAGGAUUCUUCUCAAACGCGACGCGAAAUCUCAAUACGGUGAAUAAAUAACAUUGUCGUUGAAAGACGAAACGAACAAAAUUACAAGCAUUUCGGCCAAAUAUUGUUCGAAAAUAUCGAAACGAUCGCGCGGCUAACGACACGGACCUGCGAAAAGAGUCGGAACAUGCGUGUCGGACGAUCAACAACGUUUUUAAGGGCGAUUUUUCGAAUAUUUUUUACAAGCACCCGUACACAUUGUCAUGCGUAAUAUACAAUCUACGGUAAUAACACGAACCCCGUUAUUGUGUAAAACGUCGGCUUCUUAAAUUUCCGUCGAGAAAACUCGUGGGGAGAAAAAAAAACUUGCUCGAUGCACCGAACUCGGUCGGAAACUCACAUCCUGUAGACUUGCGUCCCUGGCGCGCCAACAACGGCAAUUCCCGGCCGUUCAGAGUCAAAAAUUUACAGUAAAAUAAUCGCAGGACUCGAACGAUCGAACAACGUCGAUCGUCCGCACCUAGCCCAACCGAUUGACUCGGUAUUUUUUUUUCCGGUUGUCUCGAUAAUGUGAAAAGAAUGUAGGGCGAUUGUUUUCUCGAGAACCGGCGAUUUCCACGGAGGGUUUUAAGCGAAUUUGAUUUACGGUUUUUUUUUUUCUCAAUCGCUUCUAUAGAAUCGUAUAAGCUUUAUUUCAGCGCCGUUUUCAAUUGUGUACUCCUAUAAUACAUCAAAUACACCUCGUACCCGAAAUGAGCAAUCCCUUAAGUCUUUCGGUCGCGAAUCCAAUCUGAUGACUUCACAGAUAAAAUAAGGAAGCUCGUAAAAAAAAAAAAAAAAACCCUCCGAGAAAAUCGCCGGUCCGCGGCACAAAAGAGCCGAACCCGACCGCCCCGACGCGGCAUUCUUACAACGGUCACAUUAUAAAUGUAAUCAUUUCCUCGAGACCCGUCCCGCGAUCCCACGUCCGCCGGACUCGCGUAUUUGUUGCCGAUCGAAUUCGGCGCGCGUGUUCUCGCGUUUUCGCGUUCUGAUAUGUCGUCGCGUCGAAUUUCGUUUUCGGCCGCCGAAAAAUCAGAUUAUCGGUACAAUUGUCGGCGGGUCGGUGAUAAAUUGUACGUUUGGGCCCCACUCCCCCUCUCCCACCGGGGCUUGAGAUCGAAAUCAAUGUUUUCGAUUUCAAAUUUAAAUUUCGCUUAUCGAUAUUAGUGGUCAGUGAUUUUGAUUUCAAUUUAGCUAACAUCAGCAUACCGGGUUCAUCUAGGUACCUACAAAUAUAAAAUUUUAAUAACACCGGGACAGCGAAUUUGAAUUAUCACUAUUAUACAAUGCCGGGUUGCAUAAAAACCGUUCUGUAAACUAUUGGUUCCAUGAUCUAUCUGUUCUGUAAAAUUACGGUUGAUUACUGAACGUUUCGCGUUGCAUAAAAGUAUUUCAUUAUCUAUGGACCAUGGACAUGGCCCACUCGCUCAGUUAUCACUUUAUCAGUGUAAGUAUUUUAUCCUUAUCGAAUUAUAACGCGAUGAUUUAAUAUUUGAACAUGAAAAACACGAACACUAGAGAACAACUCUAGUGUUCAUGAUCAAGAAUAACAAUAUUACUAAUUAGCAGAGCUUGAAAAUUGAAAUCGAAAAUGAAAACUACCGAUUUCAAUUUUAAUAACGUUUAUCGAUAUUGAUUUUUACUGAUUUUAAUAUAAAAAUCGAUUUUUCAAAAGAUUUUUAAGGUUUUUUUUUUUUUAUCGAUAUUCUAAAAUGAUUUUGAAAACGAUUUCAAGCCCUGCCUCCCCUACGAAAAAAAAAAAAGUCCUGACUAAGUGCCCGGUCUCGUCGUGCGGUAAAACAGUAUUGUUUCUCGUCACCAAUGUAAAUCGCGAAAUCGCCUGCGGCUCGGUCGCCGGACAAAUAACAAACACGAUCCGGACGGACCGUCGUUAGUAUCGUCACGGGCUUUAAAUAACAUUAUAGAAGCGAAUCGUUUUUUUUUUUUCUGCCACAAUCGAACAAUUCGCAAUACACGUACGUUUAUGGCAGCGUGUCCUACCCGACCGUUUAGGUUUCACAAAAAAAUGGCCCGUCCACGCUAUAGAAUUCGGAUGCAAUCGCUUCUGGAAAUCGAGGGUCGCCGCGCCACUGCCGGGACCGUCGGCCGGACGCGUAAUAUCAAGAAACCCGAGAGGCCGCAGAACGGUUUCUGUGUAGGAUAUUGCGUCGUCAUCGGUAUCCGUUUCAAACUUCAUUAAGUUUUCGAUCGACUUUCGCCUGGGCUUCGUCAUACCGCCCGGGUCUCUAGGCGCACGUUUAAAAUGCAUGUUUUGUUUUUCUCCUAUCCACAUGGUUAUUUAUAGAACAAAUCGGCGUUUACCCGACCUCCACCCCCUCCCCACCCCGUUUUAAAAAGGGUCCGAGUGAACGCAGUUAGUUACCCGCGAAAAAAACCCACUAGGAUUACGAAAACCGCGCGAAAUGAAAAAAAAAAAUAAAACGAGAACACAUAGAAGUGGCGAUCUGUGGCGUCCCGGGUUUUCUAAAUAGGCCGCCCGGGCCAGGCCGCUGAAUUUUCGCCGUCCCGCACACUGAUAACGGAUCAUUCCGGGCUUAAACCGAUGUUCAGCGUGACGGCAAUCCCGAGGACUUUUAUUUCAGUCGCCGGGCACAUCGGCGGCGCUGUUGCGUCGGUAUUAAACCAUAGUGGCGAACGUUUUUUUGACGGGGCGGACAAAGAGGAUACAGGGGACGCAGUGGCGAAGUGGCGACCACGCGGAAAGUUAUUUUUUUUCCCCCGUCGGCACGCCGUUCAAUUAUUAACAAAGCAAACGCAUCCAUCCGUCGGCAGCGCGCAACGUCACUGCGGAGUUUCCGUUUGUCCGCGCGAUCCGACGGCAUAUCGUUAUAAAGUUUACGGUGUACUGAUAUCGACGCGACAGGCGUCAGAAUAUUCGGGAGCAAACGAUGCUAAUGCGCCCCCCACACCUCCCGAGUUCGGCCGAGUAUAAAGCGAGGGGGAAAACUGACAUACUCCGCACGACGGGUGGGCCGGUGACGUAGGUGAAAAUUUGGAAGGGCGUAGGACAACGAGAGGAAUUUAAUUCGCGUCUGCAGUGUACGCCGCAGCGAUGAACAAUCGCUGACGGAAAACGAUUCGGAACGCUGCGGUUCCUUUUACACGCGCCAUAUUACGCGUACGUACGUUUUCCCGUUUGCCCUUACGUUCUUCCCCAGUUUUUAUGAAAACCGCAAAAAUAACCAUCCGGCGAGCACCGCCCCGGAUAAAAGUUCCUUUCAGUACAGGUAAUACCCCCGAGAACCGGAGUAAGAUUUCGAGGAGAAAAGUCGAAAAAAAAAUAAACAUCAUGGGACGCUCCGAGUCCCAAAUAAAGGUGUCGAAACACGAUCGCCGGUGACGCGGUGAGUAUUACUGUGCCGUUAUCGUAGCACAUUAUUUGUAACGCGUGCAAUCACGCGCGCCGACCCCGUUACCCGGUGUAAGUUGUGGUUUCACGCGCAUAUCGCCGCGACGCCCGAACCGCAUGUUGUGCACGACACUCGAACAGUAUUGCUUUUAGGCCGUUUACACGUGACGGUCGUCCGGUGGUGACCGUGUACAAAUGUCCGACGCGGGAAACGGCCGAGCGGUCGGAUCGGAUACGGCUCUCGGUAAACCCUCCCGCCCGCCGCCGCCCCCACCGUUCGUUUAAAUGCGCACGAACGCCGCGCGUUUACAGCCCGUCCAUUGUACCGGGUGUCCGGACGCCUAAACGCGGACCGCGCGAAACUCGACGCGCCGGCGAAAAUCUAAAACGCAUCGUUUCCGUCCGGGACGUGCUCCGCCGCGGGCGAAACGUUUCCCCGACGGAAACGCCGGAGUUUCGCGCGCGCCGUUGUACAACAGUACAACGCCGUACGCGCGGGGCAUCCCGGGCGGUCCUUCUAUCGAUUCGGUCUUGGGACGGGAUCGCUGGGAAGAUGCCGGUUUCGCGCGGUGUCAGUGUCGGAAAACGCGCGUUUUUUUUUUCCGUUCCGCUAUCGGUUUUUAAACGAAUAACCCCCCCCCCACCCCCGAUCAGCUACGCGCCUGCGUCUCGACCGUUCGAAUCCAGCCACCUCGUUCCCCGCGCCCCUCCCCCCCCCGGAUCCGCGUAAACUCCGGAAUACACGGUCACCCGCGGUCGGCGCACGCAGACGACGCGGCCACGGACGCAGCACUUGGAUUGGAUACCGUCGAGGCAGCAUGCAAUACAGUCUCGGCGAAUCCGACGGACCCGGUUUGUACGCACAAUUAUUUAUUAUCGUUUUUAAAACGAUUAACGUCGUUUGCAUUUAAAAAAUUACACGCGCCGCGUUUGCGUGUGUUCGGGACACGGGAAACGUGGUCGUUCUCGAAAAUCGGACCAUUCCAUUUAACGGGGUUCCGGACACGAAAAGAAAUCGAUCUCGGGGUCUAACGAAUUUUCAAUUCUCGUUCGAUUUGCCUGUUAAAUAACCCCGGGUGUUUGGUCUUCGCGAAAAUCAACGCCCGCGCGUGAUAUCGAAUGUCAAUAGUAACCGUCGAAUCCGAAUUUAACAUUAUUUGUGGGGGAGUGUCCAUAUUACCGGCGCAACGGCGUAACAGUAUAAUUGUCGCACUGACAUUUAGAUUAGUGUUGAUGCGUACCUACGGCAACGGCGCCCCCGUUAUCCUUUGCGAAAACUCGCGCGGGGUUAUUUUUAUUUUUUUUUUUUAUCCAAAGACUAAAUUCCCGCGGUCGUUUCUCGCGCUACCUACCCGCUUAAGCACGUGUAUAGGUCCUCGGUCACUGGCCUACAGCGUUUUACAAUAUUUGAACGGGAUACAUUUUUCACCGACACCGAACUCUUUACCAUUAACGUAAUUAAUGUGCAUUUCACAGUAACGCGAUAACAAUGACACGGCCGGUAUUCUACCGCAAUUAUUAUUUGUUCAAUCGGUUUAUUAGUAUUAUUUCGCUAUCGCGGUCGCGUUUUACGUGUAUAUAUACAUAUAUAUUUUUUUUUUAUGAAAUUACAAUAAAAUUGUGCCGGGAAUAGUUAUUAUUAUUGUUGUUGUUGUCAAACGAACGGUAUGAUAUCGGUCCGAUGGGAGAACAAACCGGAAUACGUAUAAAAACGAACAAUAUUUUUUUACGGGAUAAUAUCAAUAUAUACACGUAUACCUACGUUAAAAACGAUCGUUUUUUUUUUUUAAUUUCACCGAGUAAUCGUUAAUAAUACGGCCGACGUUCGCGUAACGUUUAAAAUAUGCGCGAUAUAAAAAACGCGCGUCGUAUUUGUGCGCGGAAUUCGCCCGGCACGAUAAUUUUACGGCGCCAAACACCGUCGGACAGUGUACACCAUUACAGCCGGCGGUCGGCGUAGUGCAUUCGGGUAUUAAUUGAACACGCGACCGGAAAAAUUACUCCACUCACGCUGAUUAACGCCGAUAACCGCCGCCGCCGCCGCCGCCGGUCGAUGCACACGUGCGGAGGAUGAGAAAAACGUUCCGAGGACGGGCGCGGUGGCUUAACGUUUAACGUGUAUUACGUUUGGACGCCAGUUUGAUUUACGAGCGUAAGUGUAAUACGCGCGUGCAUUAUCUGACUGACGAAAAACGUUCGUUUAGCGACAAAAAAAAAAAAAAAACGCGUUUACGGGACGAGGGAUCCCGUGUGUAUAUUAUAAACGACGCGUGAAGCGAACCCGCAGAGUGGGUCGGGGUUUUAGAUUUCGAACGGAACGACGGCGACGGACGCAUUUACAAAUAUCCGUGGGUAAUGUUUUUUCAAUGGUUUUUGGGUUAGCGAAAAUCCUCCGAAACUUUUACGUUAAAACGCGAGGGUUUCCUGUACCUGCGGGUGCGAUACUUUAUUCGAAACGUUUUUUUUCCCCGACUGGGUUACCGACAUGGUGUUUUAAUUUUAAAAAACUCAUUUGCCUAACGACGUCGGACCAUUCAAUUGAUAUUGAACCUCCGUAAUGUACCGUUACGUGGCGGUUUCGGCGUUAUAGCAGUUCUAGACGUACGAAUCCGUAACUUUACACGAACUUUAUCGGCUGUAUUAUUACGACGAUGAACGCGAUGAUAAUCACGUUACCUGUCAAACUAUCCGGAACUUUCGUACUUGCUGCUGUAACUCGGUAUUUAAUCGUUCGCGAUCCAUAUUUUAGUAAUACGCUAAUUGAAAGGCGCGCCGCGGCCGUCGGGAUUUAUAAAAGAGCUCGGAUAAACUCCAUCCGAGGAUAAAUACAAUACAGUGGACGGCGGAGGAGAAACAGUGCAGGGCUAGAGACCUUAUGUCCGUGCGAGUGGGACGUGUUUUGCAGGAAUCAAAAUCCGCUUGGGAAAUUACCUACUCCGUAGGACGAAACGGAAAAAUAUACGAUAAAAUCGGACGUGGAAUCGCUCGACGCCGGAGGUCGGGACCGCGGGAAGAAAAAUCUGCCGUGGCAGAGAACGACGUGGGGGGUUGGGCCGGAGACGAGACAGUCCUCGGAAACCCGGACACAGAGUUGUUCGUUUUAUGUUAUAACGUCAAAACGGGCAACAUUACAAGUGUGCAAGCGAUGGGCACGACAGUUUUGAUCGGGGAAUUAAGAAAAAGAGAAUGGUUUUUCGCGUUAAUGGAACGCUUAACGUUGUUACAAUAUUGGGCCUGGGCCGGUGUUUUGAAUAAAACGGAUUCGAUACAACCGAAUCUAACGAAUCCAGUUUAACCUAAUCACCUAACCUAACAUAACGUCGUCGUGCCCGGAACGCGAAACGUUCACGCGAUUGCCCGCGGCACUCGACUCGCGCGAUUAUCGGUUCGCGCGAGUGUACACAAAACUCUCUUUUUUUUUUUUUUAGUUCACGCGGUAUUUUAGACGAGUUUAAUAGGUAUUUAAAUAUUUCAACGGGGACGACCGCGCCAAAUUAAUACGGCCCGGGGCCGCUCGAGACCAUUUAUAAGCCUCGGACGCGGGGGCUUACCGUCCGGAUUCGUUCGGACUUUUGCAAAAACGCGCGAAAACUGUCCCCGUACUUUCCGUUUAAUAUACAUAUAAUAACGGUUAAAAACGAAACAGAAAAAAAUAAUAAAAUAAAUAAUAAAACGAGUCCGACAAGUCCGGUCGCUACCACUCUGCGCGGUUAAGUUUCCCCUCUUCCCCACACCACCCGUAGAAUUUUAAAAUCCACGUAUAGGUUCCACAUUACAGGUUCCGUCAGUCUCGAGUGGUGCCCGCAUUACACCUGUGGACGGGCGCAUUUAUAAUUUGCCGAAUUUUCGACCGCACGCGCCGGUAAAAUUAAUAAUAUUUCUCGCGCGUUUUUCGUGGCAUUCGACGAAGUGUCGGCGGGCAGAACAAAAAGGACCCGGUUUCGAAUCGGGGUUCCCGGGGUGCCGGGGGUCGGUAGCGGACGAUGUUAGGAAAGGUUCGAACGGUGAAAAAAUAGUAUCAAACGCAAAAAGACGGACACACUUCACGCGUGGGUGGACCACUGUUGUAGGCGAGAGAAGUUGGGAAGGCAGAGGGGAAAUUUAAUGCACAUAUUAUGUAUAUAUCUGUACGCGACGAUUGACCGUUGCUAAUGAAAAACGAUUCCGGGCGAAGUUCGGUUAAUAGUGUUGCUUUGUUGACAACGACAAUAAUAAUAUAUAUGUCUUACUAUGGUAAAAUAAUUUCAUAUUAUGCGUUAUAUAUUUGCAUUAAUAACAUUUUUUUUUUUUGAUAUUGUACCUAUUUUCCCGUUUUUCCUACGUUUUUUCCCGGUUUUUACCAUUUAUUAUGAAACAGCUGGGGAAGUCAAAAAAUGGAUCUUUCUGAACCGGUGAUUCUCAAACAUUCCGAUUUCCUUUUAGUGCUAUCAUUUUAAACCGGAGCAAAAUAGUUGAUGGAAAAGUUGUUCACAGACGAAUAAAAUAAAAAUUUAAACGUCAUUGUGAAACCGACACGUUCCUCGCUCUAUUUUGAAUCUACAAUUGUUUGGUGAGAGGAGGAGGGGGCUGAAAAAGGUUGAGUACGUACGCGGUGCACACUGUAGUCUAAUGCAGGUUAGAUAAUUCCAGACAUCCGGGCACCUUGAAUUAGAACUGUUCCCGUGCUCUACUAUUGGGUCCGCGGUCGUUUUCGCGGUCGGGCAGGUUUUCGCGAAGGUCGGCGAGAAGUGAGAUUACGAUUUUUCGGGGUUUUCGGGACUGCUGCAGCUGACUUUCGGCGCCUAAGUACCUGUUAUUGUACCAGUGAUAGGGAAGAACAGUGUGGUAUCUGUUCGGUUUUAUUCCGUGCGAGACGUUUAGUCGCGUCGUUUUAUAUUCCGGCGCAGGUCGAGUGGAUAUACGUUUAUUGUCGUUUAAACGUAAAAAAAAAAACAUCCGCUCGUGGCCGCAUCGAAUAUUAUAAUAAGAUCUUUAAGACCAUUAUAUAUUCGUCCUAUCCAUCCUGUUAUUAUUAUUACUAUGAUCCUAUUACCCGUCGCCCUUCAGCUCGUACACGGAUGUACCGUACCGUAUUAUUCGUCUCUCGGUUCGAAUAUUUUUUAUUCUCUCAAUCUCCCGACUAGUUUUCGAGUACGUCGCGAAAAAAAUCCCGUCCGACACACGCGCACGCACGCACCGAUACUUACGCAGAGCAAUAUGAUUAUUAUGUACUGGGCCGCCGUGGCCGAUAAACGACUCGUUUUUUAAUUUGGUUUUUUGUUUUUUUUUUUUUUUUUUUUUUGUUUUUCGUUUUUCCAGAAGAAGAAAAUCUGCUCAGAGACUUGGAAAUGUUGAGGGACCGCGCCGAGUACUACGCCAGACAAAACCGCCAGAUAAACCCGUUGAACGGCGUGGGUUUCGGACAGAACAAACGGUUCGACACGCUCAGGUAUAUCUAUCCGUAUAUUGUAAUGCAGUACAUUAUUUUCGCAUAAUCUAUUUGUUUACUGCAAUACGAUAUGAUUAUGAUGCGAUUUCCCAUGCCUUAGAAACAAAAUACGAGACGGGCGAUGCGACUGCGCAGGUGAAAAUAGAUGAUCUGCGCAAAAAUAUACGCUAUCCCAAAACGUUUUUGCAUUUAGACCAAUCGAAAUAAAAAAACCGUUAGGUUAUAACCGGUCUAUUACGUAGGCGCUCGUUCGAAUAUACGUUUAAAGAUUAAAAUGCAUAUAGGUAACAGUCGUAAUGAAAAUCUAUCCCCGAUUCGUGGACUGUCGGAUUUCGGCCGUAUCGAAAAAUAUCGAUCAGAAAAAUCCGGUAAAAUAACGACGUCGUGGAUCCGACGGAGAUUCGGUUCGGACGCCGAAUUCCGAAACGAGAUCCGACAACCAAAAACGUGUUUUCCGAACAAUUGGAUUUGGGCCCGCACUAUACCAGCUAUUGUCGUUUCGAUUGAAUUUUGCUGAAUUGCGGGAGACGCGCUUAAUUCGAAGAGUAUAGUAGGCAGUGAUAUUUCCGUACUUUAUUUGUGUUUUUUUUGGUUUUUUUUUUUUUUAACGCGCCUGGUGUCAAUGCCGUUUUGUCCACGAAAAUACGCUCUACGGAAACAGCGAUGCUGUUUUCAGUGGAACCAACCAAAUUUGAUGGUUAUUUUUUUUAACUGAUAGAGGGAAACCAUCUACAGACCGCAUUUAUUUCCGUUUUUAAAUAUUUUGUUCUCAACAUUUAUAAUGGGUCUAUUAAAAAAAAAGUCAAUUUUUUAUUCUUACAAUAUUAUUUCAUUUUACCAAAUUAUUCGAGAUCGGAAUUUAAAAAAAUCCGAGUUCAAUGCGGCCCGUAAAACUUUGUUGUUUACCAAUAAAAUUAUAUUAUUAUUAUUUUUUUUUUAUGAAAAUAUUAAAUUGAUAACGAGUUAGUUAUCAACAAGUUUACCGUCGGUAAAAACGGCACCACCCCUCCACCCCUGAACGGACAUCGGGUGGCAGUAGAUCAGUUGGAAAAUCUUAUCUUCAAAGUGAUAUGAUGAAAUGCGCGUUGAAAAUAAUUUGAAAUUUUUCCAAAAAUCGGCGAAAAUUUGAAAGACCGGGCCCCCUAAGACUAAUACACUUCGAUCGGAACCCUGUGAAAACUGUCGGCUCCGAUACCUUUAACAAUAAUAAUAUUGCUGUAAUCAAUCAAUAGCACUGACGGAUAACGUCCGUCGCGGAAAACUCGAUGACAGCGGACAGCGUUCGCGGUCUAAUUACCGUAAUUAAGCGUUAAUCAUACUUCGCGAACUCCGUCGUGCACACGGUGCUAGUUCGUCCCGGCGAGGCCCUAGCAAUUUUUUUUUUUAAAUUUUUUUUUUUAAAAAAAAAAAAAAAUGAAUAGCAAUAGACACCAAAUAGGCAGGUCAAUGGCAAUUAAGGCCGGGGGGUUUUCAAAACUCGCUAACGGUCACGUUAAUACAAAAAUAUAUGUACACGCGUAUUAUUACGGUUUAUUUACACGUUCCACUCGUGUUCAAUAACAUAAUCACGAAAACCGUCCGGUUUUAAUUAGUUUUGUUAACGUUUCCACAACGUCCGUACGGAAUUUAAUACAAUAUGCGGACGUCGGAAUUUUUUUUAAUUUUUUUUUUUGCAUUUUCGGAAUUUAAUUACCGUUGUUAUAGUUGCGUACGCGAUGUUCCGCUGGUAUUCAUGCGUGUAUAUUUGUUUAUAUACAUGUUAAUACGCUGGACGGCGCGUCGAUAUUUUAAACUCGCGUCAGCUGACUUUAUAUAGAGUCUGGACAGAAGUCACGAACACAUUUAUUUUUUCCAUACACGUAAAAUAAAAAAUACGUUCUGUUCUGGUUAGCGGCCCGUAAACAUUUUCCGUCGGCGAUUACGCGGGGGUUUUUCUUCGCUCAAAAUUGCCCGCGAUUGCCAUAGUAUUUUGUUUGAACGAGUUAAGCGCAGAAAAUAUCGUGACCCCGCGCCAGUAAAUAAUUAUAAAUUGAGCGUUUUUUUUUAUUUUUUUUCAUUUUUUUUUAAUAACGUAAUGAAAUAAAAAUGUAUUAAUAAUAACCAAAUAUUUCGAAAGUACCGUCUUGAACGUCAAAAAUAUUAAUUUCCAUUCAGUUGUUUCGGGUAUUAUCGAUAUAUCAACUAUCAAUAUAAUUUUUUUUUUUUUUAUUUUUUUUUUUUAAGAAGCUGAUGUACGCGAAGAGCGGGAAGUUAGGAUACGUAAAGUUAUUUAAUCCAAUGAUAAACUAUCGAUAACGAAACACGAUUCUGAGCCGAGUCCGGUUGUAUUGGAAUACCGCGUAGUUUUUACGAUUUUUGACAAAAAUCUGAACGGCUAUGAAAAAAAACUACUAUGCAUUACGCUCCAUUUUUUUUUUUUUUUUUUUAAUCAUAUAAUGCAACAUUUAUGAACCUCGCGAUAUAUUUUCAAGCAUUAUUUAUGGGCAAAUAAUUAUAUUCAUAAUAUGGAGUCCAUAUAAUACCUACCAAAUAAACAUUAAAAAAUUCAAAAAUGUCAAAUACCUUUACAUAACUCAAAAAUGUCUUGAAUAUUUUGAACAUGUGUACACGUCUAGAAAAGGCUAAUAAACGCACUCCGUGGAGAUUUCCGAUUGCCAUACGAUUAUUAUAUUAACCGAAUUACAGCAGAGAAACCUAAAUCGUUAAUACACUCCCCGGUUUUUCCCGGUUAUUAUGAAAUUCGUUUAAAAAAUCAAAAACGAUAUUUUCAUAAUCUCAAUACACUAACUAGAUCCGAAAUUAAAGUCAUUUUUUGUUCGGAGCAAGAUUUCUGGUAGAAAAUAUGUUCGCAGACGGGGGGUAAGGGAAAAAAAAAGCGGCGCGAAUUGCAGUAAAACUAAUACAUCGCUACGUUCAGAAUCUAAAAGAAAAAAAAAAAAGCAAUCAGUGUUGGAGUUUUGUUUAAAUAUUACAAAUGUCGAUGAAAAGAUACCGAAAAAAAAAAAAAAAAAAAAACCUUCCUUCUUCCUAUGGAAAUAAUUAAUAAACGUACGCAACAAUUUAAAACAGACGACGAAAAUAAUAACAAUAAUUAAUGUUGAACGGAAUGACACACCUGCCUAGUUAUACAAUUACGCGUGCGUUUACCGUCCGUUUGUCGAAAGUAUGAUAUUCUUUAAAAGAAUAAAAAAAAAAAAACAAAAAAAAAUUUCGUGUACGAAGCCUUUGAAACGGUAUCGCAUAUCGUUUGCCCGAUAAUAUCCACAGACCUGUAAACCGACGGGCGGCGCCCAUAGUGGUGGGAGAAAUCGGGCGACGGCAUAGAGCGGAGAGAGAGAGAGAGAGAGAGAGAGACAAAAAAAGCAGUAAAGCAGUAAAAUUACCGCGCGUCUGCGGUGUCGAACCGUAUUUGAGAACCUGUGUGCGGCGUGUACAGGGCGACCCUUUCAGACGCGCGUAAUUCGAAAUCCCGUAGACAUUUAACUUUUGCGCGGGUACGUUUUACGCCGCGGGCGACACCCGCCCGGCAGCGGCACACUGGCGCCAGCCGUGUUCCUGCCGUUUUCACCGGUAUUCGGCCGAGCGGUCAACGCGCAAUCCGAAACGGCGAGACAACCGCAGAACAAACCGUAACCGCCGUUGCGAAAAAACGGCUAGUUGCCAUACGCGCACGUGCGUCGUGUAUUACGCCCCGCCGGCGACACCGCCCGAAUCGUGAAAUUACGACGUUUUAUUUACACUCUUUGCUCAUUUCCGUGCUGUUUAGUUUCGGCAACGUCCGGAGGGCGUUUGCCGUUUAUCGGACCCAAUCGCAAUUGAAAAUUGCCUCCAUUGAUUGAACGUUGGUGUUCAGUUCUAGAUAUUUUAAUUUCACAAAGCGUGGCGGCACGAUGGUUUUUAAAUUGUAUUUGCCUAACUCGCUUGAAAAUCAAUUUUAUCGAAAAAAAAAAACAACCCCACGUCAACAAAUAUUUAGAGCAACAGUUACAGAACGUAUGUACGUAUGCAUUAUUUAGUCGACAAAGAAUGUAACAAACACAGAGGUUCGUUAAAAAAAAAAAAAAAAAAAAAUCGAAAUUUGUGAAAUCUUUGCAAAACAAAAACUUACGGUUUAAUGAGUCGUAGUAACCGUAAUUCUGGCGGCGGCAGUCGAUAUGAAAUAAUAAACGACUACGAGUGUGGUUGAAUGUGGUUGCAUUGAAUUAAAUUUUAGUUAGUAGCUCGGAACAACCAAUAUGAUUAUUAAUAAGUCUAUGCGUAUGGUUCACAGCAUUGGAUAACCGGUGUUUAAAUAGUGGAUCGAGACCGCAUUGUUCAGCAACAUCAUUGAAAGAUCAUUGACUGUCAAUCCUAAUUAAGGAGCUGAAAAAUAAUACGGUUUUGAAUACUUUCAAGUUUAUUCGCUCAAAUACCAGUAAAUGGGUUCCACACGACAGAACGGUAUUCCGGUGUGGAACGUACUAAUGAACAAUAAAGCACUUCACUACAAGCGGUAUUGUUGAUCUCCCGAGUAUUGCGUCUAACAAAACCUAAAACUUUUAACGCUUUUUUAUAAAUGUAUAAAUAUAGACAGUAUGUUCUGUACUGUAAGGCUCGAUAAUAAGCAAACACGAACCGUAGACGAACCGAAAGCCAUCGGGUCGCGACCGUCGUCGAUAAUACGAACGAUUCUGGUCGUGACACAUUAGCGGCUGUAAAAGGGGGAGGGUGUUGAAGGUUCUAAAUUGAAAGUAUAGGCUUUAAACUUUCGACAUUCGUAUUUGUUUUUUGUCCGCCGCAAUUUGCACGUCGAAGUGUAAAAAAAAAAAAAAAGGUUAAUUUUUUUUUUCUGCGUCAAAUUCACGUAAAUCCUGUCCAAUUACACAUUAUAACACCGCGUCAAAUUCAAAGUGUAUGCGUGCGCAACCGAAUAUACGAUAAGCGCCUCUAUAUAUUUAUUUUCGGGCGGAGUGGAAUAAAAGUCGGAUUUACUGCGAUAUCGAAUAUUCACUUACGCCAUAUGCAAUAAUGUGCAUUAUAAUAUUCGGAUAUCCGAAAAUCCUCGUGAUCCGGAUUGUUCAGAAUUAUAUGGCAUUAUGAUUUUUUUUACCAAACCGAUUAUGUCGUCAAUAUACGCGAACGUUCAACGGAAUUGCCAAUACAUUCGCGAACCGCUUUUUGCAUACUUAUAGGUACUUUGUACGUGAUACCUCCGAGUUAGUGGGUAUUUAAAAUAAUAAUUGUGAUUUCAUUUUGGAAGUUAUGCGAAAUAUCUCUCCGCGAUCAUCCGAACGUUAAAAACGCGAAAAAUCAUCACGGCUGCGAGGGUAUUCUUGUCGAAUUUCAUAUUAGUGCUCCCGGCGGAACUGCGUAGGAUUAAUAUUAAUGGACGAUCAUUGGAUAAACCGAGAAGUCGUUAAUUAAAUCAAAAUUGGAACAAAAAUCUAGGCGGAUUUCGAUUUUUACUAGUUUUUCUUUGCUUAAUCGACGAAAACUUCAAAACAAAAAAAAAAAUAUAUAAAACGUUCGGUUUAUUUUGUGAUUCAUAACCCUUAAUUACUUAAAUUAAAAAAAAAAAAAUGUUUAUAUUUGUUUUAUUAUGUACUUUCCGUGUACGAUAGUUAUUAGUCAGCAAAAUUUCAACUUUUCACCUGUAGUACACUGCAACAGCUGGUGUACAAAAGUUUUUAUUAAGAGAGGGCCUUAAUAAUUUAGUGGUUAAUUUCCAUCCAAAUUAAUAGUUUUUUUUUACAAUUGCAUUAAAUCCAUGUUAAAAUGUCAACGUUCUACAGUCACUAAAUACGAUUCUUACUCGUUUCUGAAAUUGUGUCUAUAGGUACGCAUAUAUUAUCACGUUACUAGGUUGUACUCAUACGUGAUCUUGUAAUAUUACCAAAUUUGUACUUAAAAAAUAUCAUAUGUUUGUUGUGUGUAAUUUAUAGCGGAGUGUCUUUCGGCGGCCAAAAGCGCAAAUUCGACGAGAUCGACCGCGGCGUAUUCGACCGGUUCGUCAAGAAGAACUUCGACGAGAUCGACCGCAGCGGAUUCGACGGGUUCGUCAAGAAGAACUUCGACGAGAUCGACCGCAGCGGAUUCGACCGGUUCGUCAAGAAGAACUUCGACCAGAUCGACCGGUCCGGGUUCCCCACGUUCGUCAAGAAGAAUUUCGACCAGAUCGACCGGUCCGGGUUCCCCACGUUCGUCAAGAAGAAUUUCGACGAGAUCGACCGCACCUCCUUGGACCGGUUCGUCAAGAAGAAUUUCGACGAGAUCGACCGGGCCGCGAUACCCAGCUUCGUGAAACGUCCGGACAACAAGGCGGCCAAUCCGGAGUAGACGUGCGGUUCAUCCCAACCAUAAAAUACGCGCGCACGCCAUAUUAAUAAUAUUCGUAAUUUUUUUUUUUUUUUUUUUUUAA